GCCGCCUCCUCCGCCUCCACCCGCUGCUGCUCCCGGCUCGGGCGCCGCCGCUGCCUCCUCGGUAGCGGCGACAGCGGCCAGUGCCGGGGUGGCGCCGGGCUUCGACGCGGCGCUCCAGGUCUCGGCCACCAUCGGCAUCAACCUGCGCCGGUUCCGGGCGGCCUGCGGUGCUGAGGCGGGCAGUGGAGAGGUGAGGAGCAGGCGGCCGGGCGCGCGGGGGAGGGAGCGGGAUGUGUGCGGCGGGGGGGGGGCUAGCGGGGGAGACUUCCCUAGCACGCGCGCUCGCUCGCUCGCGUGUGUGGCGGGGGAAGAGAGAAGCGCGCGCGCACGCGGGGCGGCAGGAGAUGGGGGGCGUGCCUGCGCUCGCGCCCGGCGGGAAACGAGCCGCCUCGGGAUGGAUGGAGCGGGAGAAGGCGGAGGCUUUCUUUACCCCCCCCCCCUUUCUACAACCACCACCUCCCGGGGGGGGAUCCGCCCACCUCGUGCCCGCCUCGCAACCAGCAGCCUGGGCCGCCGCGGGAGACUUGACAGGCACGCCCACCUCGCCUCCCCGGGAGGAGAUGCUGCUGCUGCGCGCGAAGAACGGCGGGGCGGGAGAAGCAGCGAGCGAGCGAGGACGCCAGCGCCACCCUCUCCCUUCUCUCGCUCUCUCCUUGGAAGCAUCCGCGCUUCUCGCCGGGGAGGGAGCGGGAGCGGCAAGGCCCGCUCGCACCUGCAUUUCUGCCCGCUGGGAGGGGAAGAAGAGCUCUCCCCCCCCUCGCCUCCUCCCGACUAUCAAAGCCGCGGGGCCACGAUCCUGCCUGCCUCCGCACUCCUCCCGCAGGGAAGCAAUCUCGCCACAGUUGCAAUGCACUUUGUGUAGGGAUGUGUCCUUGCCAGGCGCUUUUCUAUCUGCUUGCCGGCCUCCCUGCAAGCAAGGGUGUCCAGGUGGUCAGGCAUCACUGGUUAAGGGAGCGUAUUUAUCCUGGAGAAGAGGAGACUGACAGGAGAUAUGAUAGCCAUCUUCAAAUACCUAAAGACCUGUCAGGAGGCUAGGACCUGAACCAAUGGCUUCAAAAUACAAGGAAGGAUAUUCCAACUAAACAUCAGGAAGAACUUUCUGACAGAGCUACAGUAGUAGAUAGUAGAACAGCCUCCCUCAGGAGGCAGUGGACUCUCCUUCCAUGUAGGUUUUUAAGCAGACGUUGAAUGGCCAUUUGUUAUGUAUGAUGUGGUUGAAAUUCCUGCAUUGCAGGAGGUUGGACUAGAUGAUCCUCAGGAAUCUCUUCCAACUCUAUAAUUAUAUGAUUCUAUGGUUUUCUCUUUCUUCUGUUCAGUACUUUCCCUACCUUCCUAUAUUCCUGUAAAACAGGGAUGUUCAAUCUGUUGGCCUUUCAGAUAUUGGACUACAAUACCAUGGGGUAUUUCUAUUGCUUAGGUUGGGAGGCUGGCUAAGUAGCUUGCUUUGCGGCAGUGUUCCCCAACCUGAUAGCCUCUAGAGCUUUUUGGACUACAACUAUCAGCCCCAGCCUGUAUGGUUGUGCAUAGUUGCAGUCCAAAACAUCUGGAAGGCUCCAGGCUGAAGAAGGUUGUUAUACAGUUGUCCCCCAAAAUCUUUCUAUAUGGGAAUGGCCAUAGAUGCUCAGUGGUAGAGCAUCUAGCUUGUAUGCACAAGGUCCCUGGUUCAAGCCCCAGUGGCAUCGCUAGGUAGCACUGGGAAUGUUUCCUGCCUGAAACCAUGGAGAGCUCCUGCUAUUCAUUGUAGAGAAUACUGAGCUAGAUGGAUUAAGUGGUCUGACAAUAUAAGGCAGCUUCCUAUGUUUGUUUGUUUAGUUUAGUUUAUUGAAUUUCUGUUCUGCCUUUCUUCCAAAGAUAACAGAGUGGUUUACAAUAUAAAACCACACACACACUCUCUAUAUAAUAUUUCAUAAUAUAUAUUAUAUAUAACAUAAUACCAAACAAAAACAAUAACCCCUCCAGUUUAAAAGUUUAAAAGGCCAGUUUAAAAGGCCAUAGAUUGUUUGAUUAGUCAAAGGCUGUAAACAGUUAUGCAGCACUUAAUCAUUAUUUAUGAUUUUACUGUGGUUGAUACAAGCUGCUGCUUACCUUCUCCUACCUAAUGACAAGGCACCAGCCUCUGCUCCUCUCUUGAAUGAGCCUCUUGAGCAGUUUGAGGUAAGCCCUAAACGGUGCUAGGUGCCAUCUCCCUCAUGAAUUUAGCAGUUGGAUGCAAUAAUUUUAUGUAAACAGGUUUUAAAUCAGGUCUUUUCCAGAUUUAUUUACAUGUGAAAAUGUGUGCAUGGAAUUGUUGUAACUAAGCAAAGGUUAAUAAACCGCAAGGCUGAGAACUGACUUUACCCAGUCUCAAAGAAGCUCAAGAGAAUUGGGGCUCAUUUUAGUAUCACUUCAUUUCUUAAAAAAUGGCUUAUAAAUGAGAAAGAUUAGCUUCCAGGCCCAGACAAUUGAACUUGGAUUUUUCAUACAUCCAGUCCCAACCACUUUAUUGAGUUUAUUGUUCUUUCUUUCCUAAAGGAGUCCUUCAAAUAAGCAGCUCUUUCAGUCAUUACUCUUUUGGGGGAAAGUGGGGUGUUCUAGUGAAAACAUUGUUAAAACAGCUGUGUUGCUAUUAGGAUAGCUGGACUAACCUAGCUGAGACAUAUUAGGGCAAUUACAUGUUUUAAGAAAAAAACUUUCCAUUUUACAUUUUUAAAAUAAACUUUGGACAUAUGCUCAGUAAAGUCCUAUUCAGAGACAGAAUACAUUUAACCAAAUUGUGUAGAUGUAGUAAUUUUUAAAAAUAUGUGGACCUCUACUCAUGUAAAAUAUGGAGCCCUAGUUAUUUACAGAUGAAUCAGUACAUAUCAGUGCAGUGGCACAAACACUGAUAAGGAACCUUUAUUGCAAAUAUGUCACUUAUUAUCUUAGAUCUUCCAGUUUGGAUUUGUUUUAUUCAGGUAGGGCUUGAAGAAACUUAGACUGAAGUUGCCACUGGGAAGCUUGAUGUUAUCGCAACUUUUCUAAGAGGAAAAUUAAUUGCAUGCAAACUGAUUUGAAUGACGGGGGCAUGUCCCACUCAUUUCAAAUUAUUUGAUAUUGAUAUCAGUAUGCCACACCUGCCUUGGGUGACAGAGAUUUUGAUGGUCUUGCAUCUUUCGUUCUGGCAGAGCCUAUUUCCUUUCUGAGGCCUUUCAGUGAUGUAGCAGAGAAUUGGCCACUUAAGUCUCUGAGCAGCAGAGCAGCUUCUGUUCUCUUUCAGCAACAGAUGUUAUAACCUACAUCUGUUUAUUUUUUUCCCCAUAAUUAAAAUUUAAGUUUAAGAAUGCUGAACUUGUUUCAUACAACUUUAAGUCAACAUUGAUGAAAAAAUUAAUUUUUGCUAUUUCAUCUGAGUUUUAAGUAUUUGAGAAAGAAGCUUAGCAUGUAAAUGACAUCUUAGUUGCCUUUCUGGUACCCAUCAGAGGUCUUUUAAUGCUACUUUCUUUUUAGGCUAGUCCAUUGGGAAUCUUAUUUAUUUUUUGCAGCUGUUAUGUUUUUCUUUUUUAUUAUCCUUAUAUGCUGUAAUUCCCCCUUCAAAGUUCAACUGAAGGACAGAAUAUCAAACAAACAAGUAACCUAAAACAGUGAUGUCACUAUUGCACUGUAAUUGUGAAUGGAUCAUAAUUUUUUAGGAGGCAAGCUAAAGAACUUUAUUGAAAUCAUUGCAGGAAGGGAUGGUCAGAACUGUGUUUGAAUAUAUUUUUCUUUCAUAAUUUUGAAAUUUUGCCACUCAAAAUUGUACAUUUUACACUGACAGCAUAGCAACUUUGUUGCUUGGUAUGUUGUACUUCUGGUCAGCUAGUAGUAUCAUGUUCUCAGCUGGCAUCAGCUCUGGAUUUAGGGUGCUGCAGCCAGUUCCCUAUCUUAGAGUGCCAAGCCAAGGGAUUGCAAAAUAAUAAUAAUAUUGAGAAGAUCCAUUAAAAAGCAACUGUUCUAAAAGGAAUUUUUGUGAAAAUAAGAAAUACUAGGGGGGGAUUUUGUCCCUGCUCAGGGCACUAUAUUACCAAAGUCCACCUGGCAGCAUCCUGCAUAAUUAAACCUCAAGAGCUAAGCUGCUGGAUGUGUUCUUGGCUCCUGUUAGGAAAACAUCAGCCCCCAGUCUUCCCUGGAACCUUGAAGCUUGCUGUGUACAAAACACCUUCUCAGGCCCUGCAGACUUUAUUUCCAAAGAAGAUCUUAGCACUUGGGGAACAGGGGAAUAUGUGAGUGCCAAGUCAGUCUAUAUCACUUGGGCUUAUAUUGACUUCUGCAAAAACAGUGCUUUAUGGCAGACAAAUGAAAGGUGCUACCUCUGUCCAAUAGGACUUUGCUGGAGUAAACCCUAACCCUGAAGAAAGAGGAAUUCAUUUAUUUGUAAAACUUAUGAGUUGCUCAAAGUAAAAACAACCAACAUAAAGAGUAUCUUGUCUUAUCUUAAACAGCAUUACUGGAGACUAAGAAAGCCAAAAGACUAUUCCCCACUUCCCCCCAAAAUAAUUUCUCAAGGUAAUAAUGGGUAGGGGCUCCCAUUCUAUGCUCCUGUUACAUGAGAUUGUUCUGGGAAAGAGUUAAACUUGGCACAUUAAACUCAGUGCUGGUUUAAUAUAGUUAUGUUUCUGUGCCUAGUCAGUAGCAAUCAGUGGCACAGCAACAACUAUGCAAACAAAAACAAAAAUGUAAUGACACUGACAGAACUCCCAGAGCAUCCGUAAAAGCUCUGGUGCCGUCCAUCAAUUGGUGAUAAGAUCCCCUCAUUAGCAAUGCAUACAAUGCACCAAUCAACUUACAGGAACCAGCAGAAGCACUCUUUCCACCCCAUAGUCAUAUUCUAGUUCCCAGAAAUAGAGCACCUCCUCCAGUAAAGGCAUCCCAGUGCUCAGCAAUCAGAGGCUUCCCAAGAGUAAGGUUAAGUCCUGCUAUGGGGCCAGCAAUACUACACAGGCAGUACAAGUAAUGCUGCACAAAAUAUGUUUUUAUUGUGAGGUGAGGGGGUGUUUUUGGCAAGGAAGAGCCAUGCAGACAAACAAGAAUGGAAGCUAUAUCAGCAAGCUUGCAGGAGGCCACCCUUUGAGCUGCCCAGGAGCAAUGUGUUUGUGACCUCCACAAGGGGGGAAGCUCCCCUUUGUGAGCAGCAGUAGCUUUAGAUGGGGAAAAGGGUGAGGUAGCAGGACUAGGGCUGGGGCUUCCUGGACCAGAGAGGGAUAACUUAACCCAGAGAUAACCAACACUGCCCUCUGGACAUUAGUUGGACUACAACUCUCAUCAUCCUUGACCAUGGACUAAGCUGAAUGGGGCUGAUGGCAGUUGGGAGUCUAGCAAUAUCUGGAGCGCACCACAUGGGCUAUCCCUGCCGUACUCACAGAAUGCAGGAGCCUGUAAAUAAAUAAAUAAAAACUAUGGUUGAUAAAUAAAAACUAUGGUUGGGACAUUUUGAUCUUCUGGGGCCAAGCUCCUGGCACGUACCACUUCCUACCCCCCCAAUCCAUCCAUGAGAUGUCUCCCACCCCAAUCUUAAAAGUGCCUAUGUUGUGGCAUUGCACUGGUUAGCGUACAUGAGAUCAUGGGUUCAAUUCCUGGUACCAGUCUGCUGGGUUAGACUCAUACCAGACAGUGCAGCAACUGGAAUUACUCUCCAGUAGCCUUGUUCAGAUAACUGACUCAUUCAUGCCACAAGAUACCCAGUCCCGGCAUCCGGUUCAUUGACAUACCCUUUUCGUUAGGAUAAUUACCAAUGUCUGCUGACGAUUUUCUCAAAGCACUCUUAGGACCCUCCAGAACUGAGCCCAGCUGCUACGUUAAUUAUCACACCAGGAGUUACUGGGCUGGACAUGACUGGGAGGGGACUGAAUUGCUGUCUCCUCAGCAACCAUGAGUGGGGUGGAUGGAUUUCCUGUCAUAUGAUGAGACUGGGAAGCUGGUCAGGCAGUGAAGGCAAGGUGUGCCAAAGCAGGCAGGGAGCUGUCCAGCCAAGGAUUCAAGCUAGAGAAAGAAAAGGGUGUUGCAGCAGCAAGGACAGGCAGCAUGCAAUAGUUAUUAUAGCUGCCCUCUAGAUCUGGUGUAUGUUUCAGGGGUUUUUUUCACUUUGUCCUGCUGAGUAGGGCCCAGGGAUGGUUGGUCUCAUUUUGCUAGAUGUGUGUUGAACCAUUUGCUCUGCCUUCAGUUCAGGUUCAUCAUGUCUCUGCUGCUGAAGCAGAGGAGGAGGUGUCCAAGUGUCAUUGGGUCUUCUGCCUUUAGAUUCUCUGGGUGGAUGGGGUGUCCCUCAGCAUGGCUGAUGCAAGGUGUUAAUCAGGGUAUGCAGACCCUCCUUGGCCUGGGUUGGUGGAGUUUUUUCUCUUUAGCACAUGAUAGCUGUAGGGGGUGCUGGUUCCUUAUUUGUUAACUAUCACAAGAGCAGAGGCACAGCUUUUGUUGAAAUGUGCCAGUUGUGGAAGGGUUUAGGUGAAUGGGCUCACCAGUAGUAUUGGUCUUGCAAGAUUCCUGUGCUGUGCUCUUGAAAGCUGCAUGACAGGUAGAGAAGUAACAAAUGCUGAAGUUUCUAUUACUCUGUCUGCAUGCUGCAGAUUGCUGCACCCAUUGCAUGACUGUCUGUCACACAGACUGGAAAGGCAACAGAAGCUAGAACAUUUUGAUCUGUGGAACACCCUCCACAAAUUCUGCCAGAUGCCCAGCUUAUUAGAAUCAUAGGGUUAGAAAGGACCAUGAGGGUCAUCUAGUCCACCCACAACGUAGAGAUGAGUCGCAUGCUUUACUCACUGAGCUAUCCCAGGAUGAUGAUGAUGAUUAAUUCAAUUUAUAUACCACUCUUUAUCCAAAGAUCCAAGGGCAGUGUACAACAUUAAGAAAACAUUUUAGGGAGCGUAAAAAUAAAAACAUAACAAAAAGCAUAAUAAUAAAAUAAUCAUAAUAACAGUGUGUCCCCCCCCCAAAGCUUUAUCAGGUUUUAACUUGGCAUAGACAAUAAGCAGCCAAUAUCUGAUUCUCUUAUCAUUUUAAUGAAAUGAUAAUUUAGCCACUGGUAUGAUGGUUUCCCUUUCUGAUGCUUUUUCAGGGUGAUAGCUGAAUUGUGUUAACAUGUUGUUGUUUUGUAUUGCCGUUCUUGAAUAUUGUUGAUGUUUAUGUAUUUUAAAUUGCAUUGUAAACACCUGGGAAUAAAUCUGUAAGCUUUUUAAGCACUGGCUCUGCACUCCUUUGCACACCUGUGGGAUCCCUUAUCCUUGCAGUCCCUGUUGAAGGAGGUUCCUGAGGUGUGUUUGUGUCUGGACUCCAGGGGGAGUCUAGAAGUGUAAGGGUUCUGAUAGAAGACUUAACAUUAUUCCUACUUUGUUAUUAGUCUUGGCUGCUUGUUGUCUAUUUCAAGUGAUGGAGCUCCACUGUGUAUGUCAUUUAUAUAUAAGUUGUGUUCCUUGCUGUGACUUUGGCAUUCUUUUAUGGCUGCUCAGUUAGUUGGGAUCCUGGGGACAGGAAGUGGGGGCAGUUGUUUUGGGCUGUCAGAAGCCCCUGGGCUGCAACCAGGAAUCUUUGGAUCUGUGAAGCUUUGGAUUGGCCCCCAAAUACCAUUUAAAGAUGCAUACUCUCUUUAUUUGUAUUUAGCUAAGUCUUAACUAUUGGCCUUUGUUUUUAUUAUUUAUAGUUCUUUUAAAAACAUAUUUAGGGUGGUUUUCUUUUAUUUCCUACCUUUUAUGCACUUACACCAAAAAGCAAUACAUAAAGAUUAGAAAUCAGGAAAGAGGGAUGAAGACUUAUCCUUUGUGAUGGAAGUUAAUCCUUUAAGAGAGGAAAGUCUGCCAGGACUCUAGAUGGAUCUUGGGAGAAUUAUCAUUUCUGCAUAACUAUUUGAAUCAUCUUGAAAACUUAAUUAGUGAAAGGUUUGCAUGCUAUUAUUAUUAGCAUUGUAAUUUAUUACCCAUCUUCAUUACAGCUAUUAAAACACGAUGUUAAAAAUAAUUUAAAACAACUUAAAAUUACAGAAAUAAUGUGUGUCCUAAAAUGUACACCUCAGGUGUCAAAAGCCAGGACAAAGAGCCUCAGAAAAUGGGGAAGCCUGAAGACAAUAAUGCCAAAAGAUAUGAGAAGGGUGGGGGAAAGCCCUUCCCAACUGACACUUUCUGCAGGAAGGGACAGCACCCAAACUGGAGUCAUGACUUGUGGGGGCUAUAAAGCAGUGUAGCCUACUUAUUCCCCAUCUCUUUUCCUUGGGCUGCCUGGUUUCUGCUGUAGCACAGACCUGUAUCAUAGCCCCAGCUUCUUAAGUAGGUAGGAAGCAGGCUCCCUGUUGCAAUGCUGCUGCUACUGCAAAGGCUGUUCUUUCUGGAGCUUCUCUGUCAGUUAGGUUCAUUGCUGCUUCAUCUAAUAUAGAAGGUGCUGCAUUUUCCUCUUGGCUCCGGAAAGAGAAACAAAAAGCCAAGGUAUGUUGAGGGAAUGCUUUUACAUUGAAACUGAUAAAUCCUCUAAGUGCUGGCACAAUAAGAUCCUUGUCUCAUCCACCUGUUUCUCUGGUAACUUGGGCUGGCUUUCUUCAGCAAAUCUAUGGCCUGCUUAAACAUGGAAUGCUUCUGGUCUGUCUGCAAAGCUCAGCUUGGGCCAUGUUGUUCUUCUAAAGCCUCCCAAAGCCUUACAGACUUGCAAUCUCUUUUUCCAUUUCUAACUUACUUGGGGGGUCAGCAUGAUAUACACCCAACCAUUUUGUAAUCCCAAUUGACUUUAUUUUGCUGUUGGGUCACUCAGACACGGUGGAGAGCCUUCUACAGUUGUCCUGUUUUAAAGCUUAAAGAACAUAGCUAGGUGGGUUCCACUUUUGUCUCAGUUUUAAGAAGACACAACAGUCCCUGGGAGUGAUUUGAGUUUUCGGGGGGGAGGGGAUCCUGUACAAAUUACCCUGAUUUGCAUAAGGUGAUUUGCAUUAGAAAAAAAAUCAGUUGGAAUCAGAAAAUUUUCUGAUGCCCUAGAAACUAAUCAAAUUCAUCAUGUCUGUUUUACUUGUGUUUAGUAAUCAAAGCUAAAAAUGUUGAAACUGUCAGUCUUGCCUAAUAUUUUGUUCACAGUUGGCAUCUGUUCAUUGUUAAUAGUGAACUUAUGAAACGGAAGAGUUUCUGUGGAAAAAUAAAAGCACUGGGAAUUUUUCCACCUUAAAUCACUGGCUCCUGAGUCAUCGUUCACUAGAUUCCCACUGGAGAUGCUUGUGGGUAGGGAUGGAGGAAUUGUCUCUUACAAAGCAAGGGAAGGGAAAGAAGGGAGACUCUUUUCAAGCCUGGUGGCUUGAGUGGCUGCAGAAAAAGGCUUUGAGAUCCAGGAGUGCAGCCUCCGUAUACUCAGACCAUGAAGCUCUUGACUAAUUAGAAGAAAAUUGCAGCUUCACCCAAUCCACCGCUAUGUUGGCUUCACCCAAGACAGGAAUUAUUAUAUAAGGCCCCUUGAAAGUGAAAGAAUCUGUCACAUCAGACAGAAGCUGAUGAAUCUCCAUUUUCAUAUUUUGUAAAAGAGGGUGUUCAGCCCUCUAACCUACUGCUGAGUGAAUGGCACAUUAAACUGUUAUAUGCAGAGCUAGCAGGGAUGACUACUAAAAUAAGAAACCAAAAUGGCAAAAUCUAUAAAGAGGACUGGAUGUUGUUUAUGGAAUAUAUGGGAAAGUACUAUAAGUAAACAAUUUACCUAGCAGGAUGGGAAGAUUUUCAGCAGAGGAAGAAAUAAUAAAGUAUAUAAAAGUUGUUGCGAUAGAAAAGGUGAACUGAGAAAACAUGGGGAAAGGGGGAUAAAAGGAACCGUGGAAGGAAAGGUUAGGUCAAGGAAUGUUUUCUGGGUUGGUUGUGGGGGGUUGUUUUAUUUUGUUUUUGGUCUAUUGUCUAUUUCUCACCAGCUGAUCAGAUAGAAGGGAACUGACAUGUUUGUGAUGUUUUCAUACAUAUACCACCACGGGCAGUGGGAUAGUGCCAUGGGGAAGCUGCUUCCCACACAACUUGGUAUAAAUAAGGGGGCAACUCUGGUGCACUUGUAAUAUACAAGCUUAAGAGAAAGAGUCUUUCCAAAAGGAUCUCUGUCAGAUAAGGUCAUAGUAUUUAACAACCUACACCAAUGAAAUCAUGCAAAAACAAUAUAAAGGGGUUGUAUAUUACAGAGCUUAGGUGUGGGAUGCUUACUGGUAAAGAAGAAAAAUAUCAAACUUUCACUUUGGGAUCAUUUUAUACCCAGUAGAAUAAGAAGAAGACUUAUGCAUAAAAAUGAUUAUGUUCAAGCUGGUUGACAAGGCUCUCGAGGAAAGAUUUCUAUAUGGUCUGGCCAAAUGUUAUGUCAUAAUUUAUAUAACAGUUUAAGUAUAUGCCCUUACAUUGCAUUCUUCAAUUGUUCAAACACCAAUCCCAUUCUUAAUGUAGAAAACUGCAACUAGACUCAAGGUUCUGCUUCUUGGUGGCUGGCGAUCAAAACAGAAAAGAGUUCAGUGGCUGAGCAUGGAACAGUACAGCAGGCCAGAAAUUUAGUGAUAUGCGGUUGUGAUCCAGAAUUUGUUGCUUGGAGGGAUUAAGAUGAGUUGCUGAAAUAUGAAGGCACAAAGUGUUGUUGAAGUGUUUUGAGAAAGAGCUGAGGACUGGGAUACCCAGAUUCCAUCCCUAGGUAGUCUGGAAUUGCUUUGCCUUUCUGCCUCCCUCUCUUCCUCAUUAAGUUGGACUCACAACAGCAGGAAAUCAUUGCAAAGAGUGGCUGAAGGAUUUACAGCCUUUGAUCUUGUUGAACUGCCUCCCUUGAAGCUGGUUAGAGCCCAGCUUUGGCUUUCCAGCUGUUAGUCAAGGCUGUUGUUCCUUUCAGGAUGCCUGGGACUGAUGUGCUUGCUUUCUAGGAAGGGGGAAAUGGAAGAAUUGAAGCUUUGGUCACAUGCCCAAACUUCUCUCCCUGCUUGCUUGUCCAUGGAUCUUUCUCCCAGCUUAGUAGCUACAAAGGCUACCCUUGUGCUUUGCAGAGCAGUCUCUGUUGAUAUUAACCAGCUGUAAUUUUCGGCCAGCUUUGUAGAGGAAGCCUCAGUCCUUCCUCAGCCGAACAUUGUUUACUUCUUGCAGGGAGCCCCACGUGUCCAAGGGGAGUGGCUGGCAGAGGAGAUAUGAUGAAGCUGCUGCUCUUUGCAGUGCUGUGUGCAAAACCAGGGCCUGUGAGUGAUGCGCUUUCACCACAGCAAUUCUCUUUACGCAGCUCUGCUUGAUUCAGCUCAGAUGCAGAGGCUGCAGCUGAAUUUAUCUUUCAUGAAAUAUUCUGCUUUAGAGAAAUCUGCAGGCGUGUUGCCUGCUUUUCUGUACACAUCCUACCCCUCCCUCCUGCCAAUGCUAGUAAGAGAAUUUGCUGCUUGACGUAAUGCUGAAAAACAAGCCACCUCUUUGCAGUCCAGUGUUGUGAAUGUUGAGGAAAGGCAGCCAAAAAGCAGCUGUUCCUCAAGUUGCUUUUCUAGAACUGACUUCCAGCAGAUGACUCUCAUCUUGAAUCAGCUGUUCCUAGCUAUGGCCUGCAGCACAGCUCUUCCUAGAAUUAAUGUUUCUUCCUAUAUCAAGUACACCUCUGUGUGGGGGGGGGUAUGUUUGUGCACAUACACAGAGCUGUAUUCUGGAAAAUCCUUUAGGUGGCAAUGGAAUGAUCUGCAUUCCCUGGGAAGAACAGAUUGCAAGGGUGACCUGCUAUAGUUUAAACAUGGAGAACUGGAAGCAACACCUGUAGUUCUGGGCAAAGCCAGGGUACUCCAUUUACCCCCAAAAAGUAUGCUGAAGGGGUGCACACACAAAAAUGAAGGCUGGUCCUCUGGAUGACCUUGAGUUAAGUGAUCACCAUAAGCCUCCAGGCUUGAUAGAUGUAAAGAGCUUGGAAUACAGUGGUACCUUGGGUUAAGUACUUAAUUCGUUCCAGAGGUCCGUUCUUAACCUGAAGCUGUUCUUAACCUGAAGCACCACUUUAGCUAAUGGGGCCUCCCGCUGCCGCCGCACCGCCAGAGCACGAUUUCUGUUCUCAUCCUGAAGCAAAGUUCUUAACCCGAGGUACUAUUUCUGGGUUAGCGGAGUCUGUAACCUGAAGCGUAUGUAACCUGAGGUACCACUAUAUGAGUCAAAGGCUGCCACACGUGCCUCCUCCUCUCUUUCUUUCAUUGGGGGUGUAGUUCCAGCCCUCCUCCUGUCAGACCUAGCAGGCAGGAAUGGCACUUCCAGUUUAGGCUAUCCUGGUCCUGCUGCCAUAGUGGCUUCUUUCUGCUUGAGGUAGAGAGGACCCUCCUGCCACUUCACCCUGUGCAUGGUCUUCUGCUUGGAAUGGUUGCCAGCGGUGAACUCUUCCCAUCCAGUUUGAAUCCUGCAGUUGAUUCUUCCAUUAAGGUUUAUGGAGCAAGUAAAAUGCCUGCAACUGGGACCACACAUGAGCAGAGCCAGCAAGGUUUGUCAGCCGCCUCAUUUGUCCCAAAGCACACCUCUUUCCAUUCAGAUAAUUGAACAGUUGCCACUUCCUGCUUAGGGAGCUACACUUGGGGAAAGGAGGAUCCUUGUCGCAGUUGGUACAGGGAUUUCCCUGCUGUGCUGACCUUGGGUGGCCUGUCUCAUUUUUGGCAGAUAGCAGAAGGAUAUGCUGUGUUUCCCCCAAAGGACCCUGCCCGGCACAGUGUCAGGCAUUUUGGAAAUAAACAAUAGACUGAUGCUGUUACUCAAGAUGCCGGCAGUUAUCAGUGUUUAAUGUCACAGGCAAGUAGAGGAGUUACCCCACCCCUGAAAUAUGGGAGAACUAGCACCUGCAGGAUGGGAUGGCUGGUGUCCUUUUAGCUUCAGGUUAAGGCCACAAGAAUUGGAUCUAGUCUGGCAUAAUAGUAACUGGCAGUCAUUCAGAUGCUCCUGGGAACCCACAUGCAAGGAGCAGCUCCACCCCCCUCCCUCUUGAUUGUUUCUCAGCAUCUGGCAUCCAGGGACACAGAGGUUCCUUUUUUUUUUUUAACUCUUAUUUUGCUUUAAACAGGUACAUAUAAAUAUAGACAACCGAAAUUACAAAGGAAAAUUGCUUAAUAGUGAUGAAAAAAAAAACUUUUUUAAAAAACUACAAAAAAUAUCGAAGUACAUGACACAGAACAUGAGCAACUAUGGGAAAAAUAAAAGAAAAGAAAAAUAGAAAAGAAAAAGAAAAAGGAAGAUGAGCCAGAGCAGGAAAGCUCAUCUAUUGUACACUUCCAUCAAGCUCACAACAGAUCAUUAUUCUUAUCAAUUAUCUCUAUCUGCAUUCCAAAGGAAUCCCUCAUCUUGGUAUCAGGGAACAUUUCUCUAUAUGGUAUCAUUCUAAACAUAGCCAGAUCUUUCUUGUUGAGCCCUUGUCCCCUAAAUAAUUAUUUAAACAUUCCCAUUCUUCUUUCACCAAUUUUUUAGGUUUAUCUCUUAUUGCAUCUGUCAGCUUUGCGAGCUCCAAGUACUCGCACAAUUUGACUACCCAUUCCUCUUUAGUGGGUGUAUUUUUAUCUUUCCAGUGUUUUGCCACUGUAACCCUUGCUGCUGACAUUGCAUACAUAAAUAGCCUAGUUUUGUUUUUGGGAAUAUUAUCUGAAACCAUUCCUAGUAAAAAUUCUUCCUGUUUCUUGCUAAAUGUAGUUUUUAUCAAUCUCUUUAUCUCUUCAUAAAUCAUGUUCCAAAAUCUUUGUAUCUCUAGACAGGACCACCACAUAUGGUAGUAUGUUCCUAUCUGUUCCUUACAUCGCCAGCACUUGUUAUUGUUUGAUUGAUUUAUUUUUGCAAGUUUUACAGGGGUCAGGUACCACCUAUAGUACAUUUUCAUAAGAUUUUCCCUUAUAAGGAAUUUUAUAUUUUUAGUCCAUAAUUCAUUCCAAAUAUUGAGUUUGAUCAUAUGUCCCAGGUCCCUCUCCCAUUUUAUUGUAAUUUCUUUGAUAUCUUCCUCCUUUCUUUGCCAAUUCAGAAGUAGUUUGUACAUUUUUGAAAGUGUCUUUUGAUUAUUAUAUAAAAUAUCCUUCUCCAGAUAGGAUAUUUUUUUGUCAAAUUCUUUGGUUCUUUUAUCCUUUUCAAGGGCAGCUUUUAGUUGAUAAUACUCCAGCCAGGUUAUUCCCUUCUGUUUCAAUUCGCUCAGGUCAUCCUGACUAGUAGCUAUUGAUAAGCCUUCCCUCCUCAAUGAGUUUGUAUAAUCCUUUUUAGGAUGUGGCCAACACCAUACCUUGUGGCUGUGAGUUUGAUCAUUUAGUUCUGUGCUGGUGAGCAGAAGUGGUUACUGUAGAAGAGGAGUAUGUCUGCCAUGUGGUCCAUCCAGCAGAAGUGGCCAUAGGCCAGUGAUCGUCAGAUAGCCUUUCCAGAGAGGGCAGCCUCAGUGUGGUGCUUUUCUGUUUCAUUCAUUCGUUUUCGUGUCCUGCCCUUCAGUCCUAGAUUUUAUCCGGCAUUUCCCUUGUGGUUUGUAAGAGACAGUUUCAUUAUCACAUAUAGCUGAGUGCGCAUUAAGAACACAAAAAGAGCCCUGCAGCUGGAUCAGACCAAAGGCUCAUCUAGAACAUCAAUUCUCACAGGGGCCAACUAGAUUCUUAUGUGAAGCCCAUCAGGAAGCAGGACAUAAGCACAGCAGCAGCACUCUCCCUUCUUCAGCUGCCCAGACACUAGUAUUCAAAAGUAUGCUGAUUCCUAUACUGGAAGUAGUCUACAGCCAUCAUGACUAGUAGCCACUGAUAGCCUUACAUUGGUGGUACUCUAGCGCACACCCUGUGGGGCUUGUUACUACUUAUUUUCAUACUCCACUUACCUGGGACCAAGCAAUCAGCAUUGCUGUAGAUAUUUCUAGUUUGUUAAACUGCCCCUCUCUCUCUUUUGCAGGAUGAGCAGUUCAUAGGCUUUGGUUCAGAUGAUGAGGCCAAAGGACAAAGUCCCACCAAAUCUCCCACAGGUAUGUUCAGUUUGCUACUGUCUUGUCAGGUUCAUGGGAGUUUUUUCUUAAAACGGUCUACAUGGGCCUGGUCUGAAGACUGCACUAGUGCCACAAACCGUUGAGGUAACACAUGUUAUCUCUCUCCAUCUUAUCUGUAGGGAUGUGACUAAGCUCUGCUACAGGGAGGGGGGGGGCUUUGGCUUGCAAGGAUGGAUGGGUUGAGUACUUAAAUAGGCGUCAAAUCAAGUGCAUAUUGUAUAAUACCUCUCAUUUGUCUUUAACAUGAGCAGCGUUUUAAAAGUAAACAAUGCAACAAUACAUAGUGGGCUUUCAAUUUGGUUUAUCCUGAAUACUAUCCUUAGUCUACAUUUUUGGAAAGAAACAAGUGGAACUGACCAACUAAUCUCCAGAGCUACUAGUUUUCAUGGUGAGGAAAACUUGCAGUACUUUAACUGUCAACUGGACAGAAAUCCUUUUCCUGUAGCAGAAGCUAUUGGUUCCAGCAGUUAACAAGCAUUAUAUAUAAUGCUUGUUUAAAAACUUUUGUUUUCUUUGGUUUCAAUAGCCUGUUUGCAUAUCGUGUGACUUUGAAAUGCACACACUUUUUCCCAUCUUGCAGAGAAGCUGAAUGUGCACUUUCUUUCCCCUUCCUUCACUUUACCUGCAGCCUCAGUCAAGCCUAGCGCACGCAAACCUCGUGGGAGACCCCGAAACAGCUCAGACCGAAGUUCAGUUGUGCUCUCAGAGUCCUCACCUGUGUAUUCACCUUCAAGCAAACCAGAACCCAUCUCCAUGGAAAAAAUAAAGAGGAAAGAAUUGAAAAGUGCAGAAAAGCGACGAGGGAGGCCUCCUGCACUUAGCAGUGUGAAGUUCAAGAUCACCCGCAAAGAGGUCAUUCCAGAUGCUCAGAAAGGAGGCAAGGAGGAAAAAGAGAAUCUAAAGAAAAUAAAGCGAGCACCUUCCACUACAUUUCAGCAUGCUGCAAAAAUUAAGAAACUAAGAGCAGGAAAACUCUCUCCACUGAAGUCUAAAUUCAAAUCUGGAAAGCUCCAGAUUGGAAGAAAAGGGGUUCAGAUUGUACGCAGGAGAGGAAGGCCACCAUCUUCUGAUCGCUUGAAGACUGCACCGGCUCUAGUUGUGAGUUCUCCAUUAGAGAAGGCCCAGAAGCUGCGAAAGGAGAAAGAUGGAGUCUCGCCCCUUUCGAAGGAUGAGAAGCCAGCUGUGAGGCAGAGCCCCCGCAGGCCUGUGAGGAUCAUCCCUUCCUCCAAGAGGACUGAUGCCACGAUUGCCAAGCAACUCUUGCAGAGGGCUAAAAAGGGGGCCCAGAAGAAGAUCGAGAAAGAAGCAGCAAAGCUUCAAGGCCGGAAGGGGAGGACGCAGCUCAAAAACAUCCGGCAGUUCAUCAUGCCAGUGGUGAGUGCGAUCUCUUCGCGGAUCAUUAAAACUCCCAAGCGCUUCAUUGAAGAUGAAGACUAUGAUCCACCAAUCAAAAUAGCCCGUCCGGAAUCCACACCAAAUAGCCGCUUCAGUGCUCCCUCUUGUGGGUCCAGUGAGAAGUCCAGCGGCGCCUCUCAGCACUCCUCUCAGGUGUCUUCAGAUUCCUCACGGUCCAGCAGCCCCAGUGUUGACACGUCCACAGAUUCUCAGGCCUCUGAAGAGAUGCAGGCCUUAUCUGAAGAACGCAGCAAUACUCCAGAAGUUCACCCUCCGUUGCCCACAUCCCCUUCCCCUGAUAACGAGAGUGGCGAGAGAAGGAGGAGGAGGUUUUCUAUGGCAGAGAGAAAUUUUGUGCCCAAAGCAGCUAAAAAACUGCCCAGCCUCCAAAGUGUGUCCCAGCAGCAGCAGUCAUCGUCUUCCUCUCCUCCUCCACCGCUUCUCACCCCGCCGCCACCGCUCCAGCCAGCUGCCGGCAUUUCAGACCAUGCCCCUUGGCUUAUGCCCCCCACCAUCCCUUUGGCAUCGCCCUUUCUGCCCUCCUCAGCUGCUCCCAUGCAAGAAAAGCGGAAGUCGAUUCUUCGAGAGCCAACAUUCCGUUGGACCUCUCUAAAGCACUCUCGGUCCGAACCCCAGUACUUUUCCUCAGCCAAGUAUGCCAAAGAAGGUCUCAUCCGCAAGCCCAUCUUUGAUAACUUCAGGCCUCCCCCGCUGACCCCUGAGGAUGUUGGCUUUGCCUCUGGUUUUUCAACGCCUGGAGCUGCAGCUCCAGCCCGCUUGUUUUCUCCUCUUCACUCUGGAACAAGAUUCGACCUACACAAAAGGAGCCCCUUGCUACGAGCUCCAAGGUUCACCCCAAGUGAGGCCCACUCACGCAUCUUUGAGUCUGUAACUUUGCCUUCUUCUGUUAGUCGAUCGGCAGCAGGAAGCACUGCAGCAGCAUCCUCUUCGAAGAAGCGGAAGAAGAGAGGGUUCAGCCCAAUUCGAUCAGAACCCAGAUCUCCUUCGCACUCCAUGAGGACGAGAAGUGGAAGACUAAGCACCUCUGACCUGUCCACUCUCACUCCAUCCUCAUCAGUUUCUUCCUCGCUGACAAGCAUUCCUGUGGGUUCCCUUACCACCAGUGCCUUAAACUCCACUUUUACUUUUCCUUCCCAUUCUCUCUCCCAUCCUGGGGAGUCGGCAGAGAAAAGCCAGAGACCGAGGAAGCAGGCAAGCAUUCCGGCUGAGCCUUUCUCAUCCGGGAGCCCCACUCCCCUCUUUCCAUGGUUCACACCAAGUCCCCAAACAGAGAGGGGCAAGAACAGAGACAAAGCCUCCUGUGAGGAACCAUCCAAAGAUAAAGAAAGUGACAAAGGUCUUGAGAAGGAGAAAAGCAGAGAGAGGGAUAGAGAGAGGGAGAAAGAGAAUAAGCGGGAGUCCAGGAAAGAGAAAAGGAAAAAGGCUCCAGAGAUUCAGAGCAGCUCAACUUUGUUCCCACUGACUCGAGUUUCCAAAGGAAAAGUUGUCCGUGAAGAUGUAGCCAUUUCCUCUUCUGCCAAAAAAACUGCAGGCCGGAAGAAAUCGGCGGCUGCUGAUCCAGCAGCAGAUGUGCCUGCUGUGGUUCUUGUAGACUCAGCAGCAGCCAUCAUCAAGACCAAACUGCCCAAGAAAGGCCGAGGGGGGUUAGAGAAAUCCAGUCUGGAACUUGGAUUGGCUGCUCCUUCCAUGGAAAAGGAAGAAUCCCUGCGUCUCCCAGCUGCUGCUUCAGUCAACAUUGUGAAACAUUCCUCCAUCAGCUCAGUGCUGGCUCAUGCAGACAAACUUCCAAUGACCGACAAGAGGGUGGCCAGCCUCCUCAAGAAAGCAAAAGCCCAGCUGUAUAAGAUUGAGAAGAGCAAGUCCCUGAAGCAGGUGGAUCAGCCAAAAGGACAGGUAUUUACCCCCAAAGUAGUGGUUUGAAAAAAGAGGUAGCACAUGAAGCGAAAUAACUAUGACAAUAGAAGGCCAUGCAGUGCCUGGCUGGCACCAUGAGGGGGAGGCCAAAACUCUUGACAUAAGUGGCCUGAGUAGGUGCAGCGUCUCAGAUUUCUAGGUCCCUGUAAGCAAACCAGAGCGUGACCUCAGAUCAUCAUUUAGCUGCUUCUGCUUUGGAGUCACAGUUCCCACUGAAGUGUCUUUUUGAAGCUUCCUGUUGCCUUGAUAUCAUGUCUUGCCCAUCCCAAGGGAAAGCAAUGGCUCCUUCCUUUUUGAAUUACUGGUGAGAGUUUUCUCACUGCAGCCUUUUACAUUCAUGCUGUAUUGUUUUUAACACUCGAUUGGGAGCCGCCCAGAGUGGCUGGGGAAACUCAGCCAGAUGGGCGGUGUAUAAAUAAUAAAUUAUUAUUAAUAUUAUUCAUGCUUCCACUUACCUUUUACCAAAGACAAUCUCAACCCACCCUGGCCAGACAUAUACACACAUGCACAUACAAACAAAUACACAACAGCCGAGGGAUGGCAGUUACCAGAUGUCUCCCCAAAGCUGUUGCACUUUUCUAACAGGUAUAGGAUUUGGUGGGCUUUUGGUCACGCAUGAGGUGCAUAACUAGCUGUUUGAUGCAUUUUAUGUAAGUAGUGGCAGGAAUUGUUCCUUUCUUUGCAAGUCUUAGCCUUAGUUAAGCAUUUUUACACUUAAAAGGUUACUGUUCAUUAGGGGAAGAAACUACUUCUGAUUACUGCUGUGUCCUCCAUUUGAAAACACAUUUAGAGAAGGUUCAGAGAUCUUUAACCUUCUACUGGACAAACUGCUUUUACUUUUGAACUUGAAUCGCUCCCUGUGGGAUGGUUGAUUGUGUCUUAACAGCCUUUUCCUGUGUUCUUGCCCUGCUUGGAAUUUAGGGUCAAGAGAGUGAUUCUUCAGAGACCUCCGUGCGAGGGCCACGCAUAAAGCAUGUUUGCAGAAGGGCAGCUGUAGCACUAGGCCGCAAGCGAGCCGUCUUUCCAGAUGACAUGCCCACUCUGAGUGCCUUACCAUGGGAAGAACGAGAGAAGAUACUGUCUUCCAUGGGGAACGAUGGUAAGUGUCUGAAUUUAUGCUGAAGGGUUCUGUUUUCUCCAAGGGUGCAUCGGUGGCAGGGGAAGGUAUGCGAGGCUGUAGGAUGAAGGUUUCUAGGAAACCUGGAUGGGCCCCGCUGUGAAGCUGUUCUGAGAAACCAGCGAUGGCCAGCAAAGUCCGUUCUGUUGAGGACUCACUUCUCCUUUAUUGAUUGCUGAAUUAAUAGCUGGUCUUUCAUUUCACAGACAAGUCCUCGGUUGCAGGUUCAGAAGAUGCCGAGCCCCUUGCACCUCCCAUCAAACCUAUCAAGCCAGUUACCAGAAACAAGGCCCCCCAGGAGCCCCCUGUGAAGAAAGGCCGGCGGUCAAGGCGCUGUGGGCAGUGCCCAGGCUGCCAGGUCCCAGAGGACUGUGGUGUCUGCACAAAUUGCCUGGAUAAGCCAAAGUUUGGUGGGCGGAACAUCAAGAAGCAGUGCUGCAAGUAAGUGUGUGGCUGUGAAGCCCGCCCCUGCCCUCCCGUUGCUCUGGGAAUAAGGCCCUCCGUUGUUGGUUUGUGGUGCUUCUACCCUGUCUUCCUAUAAAAGAUUUAGCCAGAGGAAGAUCCUUUCACUUGCAUCAAAGAAGAGCUAAGGAGCAGAAGACUAGUGACUUUGUCAUCCUCUGAGCUUGGCUGCUGCUUUUCCUUCCUCUUGGAGUUCAAAGUGGCAGUUGGGGGCUCUCAAGAGAGUGGCAGGGAAAUGGACAGGGUUGGGUGGGGCAGUGGAGAGAUCUACCUCCUCUUUUCUUCAGACUUUUCAGGUUUUGGGUUGACCCUGCUGUGUAUUCUGCUGAACGUGAAAACUAAAGUGUUGUGUGGAGAGUUGAUCCCUUUGGUGAAUAUGCCACAGCAUGCUUCCUCUGAGCAGCCUUCCUCACAGUGGCUUGGCCAAACCUCAGAGCAAGGUUUCAGAUCUUAAACAAAGAGGGAGAAUAGUUAUCUUCUCCACAUCUUGAAAGUAAGGCUUUUUGAAGAUGCUUCAAAAGUAGUUGCUUUUUGGUAUAGCAGAAAGGCUGACAUAGCAGAGCUGGUCCUGCUGGGACGAUCUUUCUCAUCCCUUUAGCCAGAUUGGUCUGCCAUUGAUCUCGAACUUUGGCAUGGCUCCAGAGCAGAUAUCUUUCCACUUGAGAUGCAGCAGCCUGCAACAUGCCUGGGAAUCCAAAGGCUUGUUUGUGUCGGGUGAUGCAUCUUGCCAUCUCCUUCCUUUAUUCUCCCCUAGGAUGAGGAAGUGUCAGAAUUUGCAGUGGAUGCCAUCGAAAGCCUAUCUCCAGAAGCAAGCCAAAGGUAGGUGCCUUUUUUUCCUUAUUUAUAUUGUGAUGGGGAGAGAAAGGCAUAGUUAACAGCUGCAGAAUCUUUGCUUCAGCUUCAUCUAGGCAGUGAGGCCGUGGGCAGGCUGGCGUAUCCUCCUUAGGCACCACCCUCACCUCUGGCCGUUGCUCACUUGGGGGAGGCCAGUGCCAUAGGCUGCGCUAUCGGUCAUUGCAUCUGAGGUGCUGCUUUUGCUUUACAGCUGUGAAAAAGAAAGAGAAGAAAUCCAAGUCCAGUGAAAAGAAAGAAAUCCAUGCUGGGAAGAGCCAGCCAGAGGCUGGACAGAAAGCAGCUGCUCCUCAGCUCACCUUGGCGAAAGAGGAUCAUGCCUCCAAAAGGGGCAGUGAACCUGCCCGGAAGCCCAGUGAGGAGAAGAGUGAGGAGGGCCCACCACCACUGACUCCGCCUCCCCCAGACACCAAGCAGGUCCCUCCCCCUGCAGCCCGGAAGGCUGGCAAGCAGCAGGCACCGCCCCCCACGCAGGUGCCUCCCACCCCACCGCCUAGUACAGGCCCACCAAAAAAGGAAGCCCCCAAAACCAACCCUGCUGAGCCCAAGAAGAAGGCAGCUCCACCACCAGAAGUGGGUAGGUAUUCAAUUGCAGCAAAGGUAGUUGUUAGCUGCCUCUGCAAAGUCAAGCAACCCACCUCUGGACUCCAUGGAAGAGAUGUGACCACAUCUGCUGUACUAAUUGGGCUCUUAAGUGGGUCAGGGAAGAGCAGCCUUGGACACACCUGGGCAGGUUAGCAAGUGUGUGGCGAGCUGCAGGAAAUCCUACAGUGCCCACUCCUCCCUAACAAAUUGGAAUUGCUAGUUCGCUGUGUUUUGUUUUCGGCUUUCCACAACAGCGUCUUAAGAAGUUGCUGUUGUCUCCUUAAGUCCCCAAAUUCCAUUUGACUGCUAGAAGCAACUCUUGGCUUUUAACAAACUGCACUUGUACUUUUCCUAGGGAUCGAGCAAAGCAGACAGAAGAAAAUAACUCCUCGUCCAAGCUUACCAGUGAAACAGAAGCCAAAAGAAAAGGUAACCUGCAAGUUGCUCUAUUUCUCCAGUGAACAGAAAGAGCUUUUUUCAUAGUUGGUUCCUUGCAUGUAGCUCUCCUGGCUUUUAGAGAGCCCAUGAAGACAGCACAAGUUGAGGAUGCCCUUUGGUACAAGUUCUGACCCUGUGAUGGCAGCAUCUGCAGAUGGGCUGCUUUUACAGUGGCUCUAGGCUCUUAGGGGUCCUUUUGCUUGACUCUCCAAGGUUCAGGUUGGUGUGCAGAUGAUGAUGCUUCUCACUAUGUUUUUUUCUCUCUCCUCCCCCCAGCCAAUAGUUUAUGCAUGGAAUGGCCUUUCCCUCCAGAAAAGACAAGGCCAUGCACCUUUUAAUACUAAUAGAUUCCAAUUCAUGUUUGGGGGUGGAUACCUACUGGAUUGAGUUUGCCUUCAAAACAAGACUGACCAAUUCAAAAUUUCAGAUUUUGCUUUCCAGUUUCUGAAACCCCUGUUGCUCUUUGCUUUUCAAAAUGUGAAAGAAGAGAGUCCUCCUUAGAUUCCAGCCCAUAACUAACUGCAUAUAUAUUGAAUGCUGGUUUUCCUUCUGCUGCUUGAGCAAAGAAAAUGCCAUUUUUUUGCCCUCUUUCACCAGGAGAGACCACCCCCAGUCAGCAAGCCAGAUAAUGGUACCCUCAACCUGUUGAGCACUUUAUCAAAUGGGAACAGCUCCAAACAGAAACCCCUCAUAGAUGGAGUCCACAGGAUCCGAGUAGACUUCAAGGUAACAGGGUGGUUUGGGGAGGUCCCCCUGCCUUUCUCCACCAGAAACCUGGCCUUGGGGGUUUGUAGGACGUGGCAACAUCUCUUCCUUGAAACUCCCAUCUUUCUACAAAGACCUGUUCUGAUGAAAGUUGUUUAGUUUUCUGUAGAGCCUGUUGCUUCUUAAGAUAGCACACAGGAGGAUGAGAAAGAGUGAUGAAUACAAAAGGGAAUACCAGCAGUUUUCGUAAACCGAGGCAGCCUCCUGAGGCUCUUAAUGCCCAAAGAGAGUCUUUAUUGUUAGCAACAGCAUUAGUUAGGCAGUACAUUGGCAUGCAUAUAUUGCUGGCACGUGCCUUUUAGAAGAUGUCUAGGUAUGUAUCACUGGUGUGGAGAGAACCGAGGUUAAGUAACUCCAUCCAGCACAUUCCUUUGUAUAUAACAAAAGCUUUGACAAACAAAACAUUUUCAUAGUGAUGUGUACAGGAUCUUCCUGCUUUGCUCCAGUUCUUGUCAUUUCCACCACCCCUGGGCCUGGUGUAAGGAUAAUUCCCUUUCCAUGUUCUUCCUUUUGUGUUUUUUAGGAGGACUGUGAGGCUGAGAACGUUUGGGAAAUGGGCGGUUUGGGUAUCCUGACCUCUGUCCCGAUAACUCCCAGGGUGGUCUGCUUCCUCUGUGCCAGCAGUGGGCAUGUGGAGGUAAGGGUGAGGUCCCACAGGGACAGUCCACACCAAGUUGUUUGGUGUAUGUUUGUGAGAUAUUAUUUCAGCUACCUAAAACUAAAGGAAAUCUGAAGCUGGAAUUGAAUCCUGAAUAAAGGCCAUCAGUUAGAGCUGCAGCUUCAACUACCAUUUGAAAUGCUUCUUUACCUACCUCUCAAAGCAGGAGGUGUGGUGUCAGAUAAGCACUUAUGUCUCUAGGCACCAGUUGACCUUUUGUAGCUUCACUAAUACAUGCUGCUCUUGCAGAGGGGCUCUGGAGAUAAAACAGCCCACAGACAAAUGGUGCGGAACUUGGUGGUGGAAGAGGGCUCUCUAAGCCUCUUUGAAGCAACUGUUAUGUGAAACUGGGGACCAAACCAUGAGGGUGGGGUGACCAAAGACUUUCUCCUCCUCCUCCCUCUCCCUCUGGAGCCAGCCAUCCAGGGCAAGCUGAUGGGCAAAUAGUUGAAGUGCGCAACUGCUGCAGGAUGUGGCUGACCUACUGACUUGCCCCUUCCCUUGUAGUUUGUGUAUUGCCAGGUGUGCUGUGAGCCUUUCCACAAGUUCUGUUUGGAGGACAGUGAGCGCCCCCUGGAGGACCAGUUGGAAAACUGGUGCUGUCGUCGCUGCAAGUUCUGCCAUGUGUGUGGGAGGCAGCAUCAGGCCACCAAGGUAGUCGGAGUCCCUUGAUGAGCUUGCCUGUCUCCUUUUGUUCCUCUGGAAUGUGGGGUUUGUGGCAUCGUAAGGGAUGGCCGCCAGGGAUGCUAAGUUUCCCCAACACAGCUUCCUCAUGUUGAACUAGGAGUCAUCAAAUGUCUAAAGCAGAGAUUUCCAAACUUUUCAUGUUGGUGACACACUUUUUAGACAUACAUCAUUUUGCAACAUAGUAAUUCAGUUUUACUAGCAAACUGGAGGUUAAACUAUCCCCUUUCCAGCCCCGGGAAAAGCAUGGGGAGUGUUCGUACAACGCACCUACACACAGCAGCUGACACACUAAUGCGUCACGAGACACAGUUUGGAAAGCUCUGGUCUAAAGCAACUACUGGAGCAUCUAGGCUUGACUUGCUGCUGUUUUCCGUGUUUCCAUAGCAGUUGCUGGAGUGUAACAAGUGCCGAAACAGCUAUCACCCAGAGUGCCUGGGACCAAAUUACCCAACAAAACCUACGAAGAAAAAGAAGGUUUGGGUGAGUUCUGUUGCAUCGUGGGGACACUUGUAAGGCAGGGAUACCUUCCCCUCUUAUUAUAAUCAGACUGCCAGAUGUCUUAGCCUGAUGUUGAAAGUGGUCCAUUGUUUACAAGGAUAUGCAAUAAAAUCGGUCUGAAUCAUAAACUGCUGGAUAUGGCAACCCCAUCAACUGGCCAUUGCGAAAGAGGCAGGCUGAGGCAUGGUUUUCUGUUCCAUGGCUCACCCGUAGAGGGAAGCAUCUUUGGUGCCUGCUAUGACUGAAUCCUAUUAUCCCAGAGAGAGGCUGUGCAGCCCUUUAUUCCUUGUCUGUCUUUCCAGAUCUGCACAAAAUGUGUCCGCUGCAAGAGCUGUGGAGCGACAACGCCAGGCAAAGGGUGGGAUGCCCAAUGGUCUCACGACUUCUCUCUGUGUCACGAUUGUGCCAAACUCUUCGCUAAAGGUGUGGAGAGACUGGGUGCAUGAUAGGUCUGGUCUGCUGCGGAAGUAUGCUGUAUUAUGCUGAAUGGCCUGGGAAAUGCUGGCAGCUGCAGUUCCAUGUGCAGAUGCAGCCCUUGCUUUGCUAAAUUCCAGUACUUCCUCUAGGGAAGCGGGGGACGGCAGCAGGGAGCACCUUCACACUGAAAGGGGGCAAGUAUAGUACUUGCUGCUGGCUGUUAACAGUGGCAGUCACUGAUAGCCAUUCUUGCCCUUUGCGUGGAGUCCCCUGACCGCUAGAGUGUUUGGCUUUGUAUACUGAUGGUGGGAAAUCUGGACCGCCUCUCUGUUUUGCUUGUAGGGAACUUCUGCCCCGUCUGUGACAAAUGCUACGAUGACGAUGACUAUGAGAGCAAAAUGAUGCAGUGUGGGAAAUGUGACCGCUGGGUCCACUCCAAGUGUGAAAACCUCUCAGGUGAGGACUGCUUCCAACCCUGCAUAUAUGGAGGAGUAGGAUGAACAUUUACAACCAGGAACCUUGUGCUUGAGAUCCUUUUUGCAAUUUCAUCUUGGUCUAUGGGGUGGGUUGUUUCUUCUUGGACUAGGGUGCAGAAGCCAAGGAGCUGAAUAUCCUGAGCUAAUCGUGCUUAGCUGUGGACUUCGGAGCCCAGCUUUGCAGGCUGCAGUUGUGCUGUGGGUUCCUGAGAGUGUGCAGAGAGACACUCUCCCUGUUGAAUCACUUCCCAAUACAGUCAUUGGAAUCCCUACAGCUGAGCCCCUUUGCACGAUGUAACCUCCUACCAUGCUGCCAGAUCCCCCACAGAUCUGACACUUUUAGCCUCCCGAGGCUUGCCCUCUGCCCCUAAUGCUUGCCCUGUCUACCUUCAGAUGAGAUGUACGAGAUCCUCUCCAACCUGCCGGAGAGUGUGGCUUACACCUGCAUUAACUGCACAGAACAACCUCCUGCUGAAUGGCGGCUAGCACUGGAGAAAGAGCUGCAGCUUUCUUUGAAGCAGGUUCUAACAGCCCUACUAAAUUCCAGGACAUCCAGCCAUUUGCUGCGUUAUAGACAGGUGGGCCUCCCUCUCCUUCUAUGAACCAUACAAAUGUACCUGAAUUCUGGCUGCUCAGAGUGGUGCUGUUGGACUUUAAAGCACAAUAUUCUUCCUAGUGUUUCUAGAAGAAAAGCGGCAUUAGAAAUGCAGUGCCAGGUGUGUGUGGGAGGGGGUGGGGAGAGGGAGAAAGUGUGACAAGCCAAAGGUUCCAACCAAAUGUUUGAUAUUCUGUCUUGCAAUGGAUAUCAUAGAGGAACCCAUAACAUGAGCAGAACCCAUAUGGCAAUGGCUAACACUCUGCCUUGCUAAUUGUCAGCAUGUGUGAGAGAGUAUGUUCCAGGCAGGAGGGAGUCUGUAGGAACAUCUGUAUCUGCCUAACCUGAGCCAGGCCAGUGGUCAAGCUUGCACAGCGCUGGCUGCCCUUCUCUGUGGCCUCACUUGUGGCCCUUGCUCCAUAUCAACCAGGAAGGACCCUCUGUAAGAGCCAUUCACCGUGGACCUCUCCUUGUGUUUAUUCCUUAAAGCAGUUUUUGCCUAGAGUUUUACAUGCAUGAUGUGAAGAAUUACUACCUUUCCUGUGUCUUGUCUGCUAACUGUCAUUUUGGGCUUUGAAAAGAAAUACUUCCCCCUUUCGUGCUUUCUGCACCACUCAAGGUUGUAUAAACUUCCAUCACGCCCCUUCUGCUGUUUUUGUUUCCCCUAAGCCUUUUUUCCAACCAAGUAGACUAUAGCCAGAAAAGGCCUGCAGGGCUCUGCCUCCAAGGGCUUUAGCAUUCAUGCAUUAGAUGUGGAUGUCUGUGUCUAGAGCUCUGCUGUGUAUUACCAAGGUUCCACCUCACGUAGAGGCAUUUCCCCUGCAGAUGCUCCCACCUAUGGUGUGAAUGUGAGGGCCAAACUUGGUGACCUGAGGUGCAGUGCAGCCCCUUCCAAGACAUGUUGCCCCCUCCCACAAUUCAGACAUGAAGGGGGCUUGUCUCCUCCAAUCCUCUGUUAUGCUGUACUUUUCUGCACCUCCUUUCAGUCAACUAGAUCCUUGUGCUCAGGUAGUGCUUGCAGGCUUCCCAAAGGCAUCUGGUUGGCCACCAUCAGAACAGAAUGUUGGACUAGAUGGGACUAUUGGCCUGGUCCUGCAGGCUCUUUGGCUCUUAACCUCUAUCCACAGACCUACUAAAGAAAUGCUUUGUGCUGGGCUCAAAAACUGUUGUACUCUCUUACCGUUGUGUGUCCAGGCGGCCAAACCCCCUGACUUAAAUCCUGAGACGGAAGAGAGCGUCCCAUCCCGAAGUUCCCCAGAAGGCCCAGACCCUCCUGUGCUCACUGAAGUCAGCAAGCAAGAAGAACAGCAGCUGCUGGACCUGGAAGGAGUGAAAAGAAAAAUGGAGCAAGGAGGCUACAUUUCUGUGGUGCGUUAACAAUUCAGUCAGCAUCUCUUUCUUGCUUUCAUCAUCGCUUCCAUGAGGAGAAGAAAAUGAUGGGAUAUACAAAUCAAUUUGCUGUUGUGAACUGCAUUGAGGUGGUCCUAAAAUGCUACAUUUUUGCUAUAAAUUCCCCCCUUGUGCCUUGAAGGUGCAUGGAUGUUUUGGCCAUGCUACAGUGUUUUACGUUGGCCAUGCUGCUCUUCUGAAACAUAGGCGGGGAAUAAAAAGGAGUUCAAAAAUUGAAUAGGAAAAGGUGAACUUCUGCCACUUGAUGUUCAGCACCCAUGGAUGGGGAAGAGGGCUGGAUAAAGUAUAUCAGAGAAGAGGAUAGGAAGCUGAUUUCUGUGUGUGUCUAUCUUGCAGCUGGAGUUUAGUGAUGAUAUUGUAAAGAUAAUCCAAGCAGCCAUUAAUGCUGACGGAGGGCAGCCAGAACUUAAGAAGGCCAACAGCAUGGUGAAGUCCUUCUUUAUUCGGGUAAGCCAAGCUGCAUCUUAUUUUCAAUAAAUUGGCAACUGGUGCACUGAAGUUGCAUCUUUAAUACUCCCCAAGGAGCCCAUAUUUCUGUUCAAGCUACUGUGUGGCUGUCUGUGAAACAAAUUAGGAUCUUGUCUGGGCAGACCUUUAAGUUCAUAAUAAAUUAUUCCUGACUGUAAAUUUGCAGAGAUCUUGGACAGUAGACUUCUUCAAGUGUUUAGUGUUGAGUCCUGUAAAGCAUUUCUAAUACAUUUGUGGGUGUUUUGUUUGUUUUUAAGCAAAUGGAACGCGUUUUUCCAUGGUUCAGUGUAAAGAAAUCAAGAUUUUGGGAACCUAAUAAAGUUACAAGCAAGUAAGUAACUUGUUCCACUUCCAGCACUCACUUGCUGCAAUUGACCUGCCUGUUUCAGCCAAAGGUGGUGCCAGCGCUCUUGCCCCUUGGAAAGAAGAUCAGAACUGAAUUUCCAGAUGGGCUCCUCCUGCUUCUCAAAGCAACUGGCUGCAAUUAGUUCCUGAUCUAGAAAGUAGAAGUGGGUUGUGGUCCUUCUUGUACCAAUCUGUGUCUUAGUCCUGCCCCUUGCCCUGCAGAGACGGCUUUGCAGUGAAUGAAGGAGCUUUACCUGCCUAAGAGCUAUAGUUGGGGCCUCCUAGCUGCAACCAAGUCUGAUGCUACCUUUUGUUCAUUUCUAGCAGUGGGAUGCUGCCUAAUGCUGUCUUGCCGCCAUCACUCGACCAUAACUACGCACAGUGGCAGGAGCGUGAAGAAAACAGUUGUGCUCAACAACCUCCUCUUAUGAAGAAAAUCAUUCCAGCACCAAAACCCAAAGGUCCUGGAGAGCCAGACUCCCCAACUCCACUGCAUCCUUCUACACCACCUAUAUCCAGUGAGAAACUGAGCCUUUUUGUCUGGGGGAAGUGCUAGGGAAUGAGGGUGACACUGGGGGAGGCAGGCUUUAGACCCUGGGGAAAGUCUGGGCCCCGCCAGAGUCGGGUACAGAGAGGCUCCUUGCCUUACCUACCAUCUGCCGGGACUUCGAAGUCUGAACCAAGCCUCUUUCUCUGCCUCCCCCUUACAUCUGCAUGGUUGGUUAAAUUGUGUUUUGUUUUAAAGUGAAGUAAAACCUUUUCAAUUCAAGCGAGCAGCUGAAAUUGUUUGCUGCUCUGGGCAUUUGCAAGCUACUUUAUUCUCCAGUAAACAGUUCCCAGCCCACAUUUUCUUCCAAGCAGUGUUUCUCAGGAGUGAUCAGUCCUUUCUCUCUCUCUCUUUCUCUUUCUCUCUCUGUUCUGAGGUUCUGACAGAAGCUUGGAGGACAGCCCAGAACUUACCCCUCCUCCAGAUGUGGAGGAUAACCGGCAGUGUGCACUUUGCUUGAAGUAUGGCGAUGAUGGUGGGAAUGUAAGUGGCUCUGUCAAGAAUGUGUGUUGUGAGCUGUAGAGGCUUUGCCUUCUGGUUCUAGUUAAGGUUGAAAGGCAGGCUUGAUCUUUGUUGCACACUCAGUCCAGCUGAGCCAGACUAAUAUUACCUUUCUUAAAAAAACAAAAGCAGGUUACUAUCUUAGUGAAUUGUGGAAAUGCUGUGGGUAUAAUUUAGCUGAUAACAGCAAAGCAUUUUACAAAGCUCCUUGUGAUAUUUUGAUUAGCAAACUCUGUAAAUGGGGACAGGCGAUAAUAUCAGGUGGUUUCACAGCUGGUUAGAAAAGUGUCCUGUUAAGAGACACUUUUCAGUGGUUCCUCAUGAAACUGGAGGGAUGUUUUGAGUGGAGUGCUGCAGGCUUCUGUUCUGGGCCUGGCAUUCUUCCAACAAUCAAUGACUUUUGGUAGGAACUGGAAAUCUGAUAAGGAUUUAAAUAUUGGAUGAGGGCAUAGAGGGAAUCCUUACCAGAGUUCCAAAUGGCACUGAACUUUGAGGGACAGCUAGGACCCCAGAAGACAGAAGGGAAAAUAGGCAGAACCCAACAAAAAGAAAUUCAGUAGAGACAAAUGCAAAGUUCUGAACAAGUGUGGGAGGAAUCAGAUGCACAAGGAUAGAAUGGGCAAUACAUGGCCCAGCAGAAGUGUAUGUGAAAAGUAUCUCAGGACUGUAGCUUAUCACAAGCAGAACACAAGUCAGGGGUGUGAUGUGGCUGCAGUGAGAUCUUAGUCCGCAUUAACAGAGCCAUCAUCAUGUCACAAGAAGGAAUAACUGACUUUAUUCUGCACUAGUCAGACCUCAUCUGGAGUACUAUGUUCAUUUCUAGCACCACAUAUCAAGGAGGAUGUAGACAAAUUGGGAUGGGAUCAGAGGAAGAUAGCAAAGAUGGUCAGAAGUAUGGAAGACAAGUCCUAUAUAAGGAACCAGUUAUGCUUAGCUGAGAAAAGAGAAGACUGAGGUGGAACCUAAUAGCACUCUACAAAUCCUUGAAUGGGCUGUGUCACAUGCAAGAGUUUGCAAAGGCUUGUUCUCCAUGACUCCAGGGGUCAAAGGGUUAUAUCUCAUAGACUUAAGUUACAGGAGGGUAGAUUUGGAUUGAACAAUAGAGGAAAUUUCUUGACAGUAAGAGCAGCUGGGCAAUGGAGGGGUGGUGAAAUACUCCCCCUCUAGAGGUCUUUGAGCAGAGGCUGGAGAGCCCUCUGUCUGCUGGGGAUGCAAAGGGUGGUAUAAAAAUUAGUAAAUCAUAAUAACCUAGCACUGGGUGUUCUGUUCUGAGCAGAGGGUUGGACUAGACAGCUGCAAAGACCCCUUAAACGGUCUGAUUCCAUGAGCCACCUUUAUGUUUGCCAGCUUUUAUUUCACUGUGGCUGCUGCAAGAUGUGCCCAGCAGUUGUGGGGUGGGGAGUGCACUUGACUGAUUUCUGAGUGUUUCUGGUGGCCUUCUCCUUUCUUGCAGGAUGCUGGCCGUCUCCUCUACAUCGGCCAGAAUGAGUGGACCCAUGUGAACUGUGCCCUGUGGUCAGCUGAAGUUUUUGAAGAUGACGAUGGCUCCCUGAAGAAUGUGCACGUGGCAGUGAUCAGAGGGAAACAGCUGGUGAGUAGGAACAGGUUGGGCUCAGGAGUCUGUCCAGGAAUGAGGAUUUACAUUUCAAAAGCAGCUAAAAUGUUUCUCUUCUGCUGUUACAACGGCAAAGAAGAAUAUUGGAAAGCCCACAGCAUGUCUCCAUGGAGAGACAGCUCAUAUUUGACGUUAAUGGCCCAACUUUAAAAAGAGCAAAAGCCUCACAUGAUUCUCCACAGUUGAAGUAAUGGGCUUCACAGGAUGUUAUAUCUGAAAAAGACAGAGAUCCUUGAAUUCAGCUUCCAGCAGUUCCAGACUGCAAAGAAUCAAAAGCACUGGUUACUUGGACAUUCACAAGCAGCUCUAUUAUACUAGCAUGUGAACCAGAUCAUCACCUGGCUUCUGCAGCAGACGGAUGUGAGCAAGUGCCCGCGUCUCCUUGUAAUGAUUAGGAAGGGGUGUCUUCUGUGGCCUGAAGUGUAGGAAGUCACAAUCGCAGGUGGCCAGCUUGGGCUGCUGUCCUGCAACUGCAAGCAGUUGCGGCUAGUGGCUGUGGCAGCUUUUUCGUGUUCUUAAUCAAUCACUGAUCCCUUUUGCAUGCUCAGAAAUUGCUCUAAACUGUUAAAAAAAAACACCUUUCUUCUGAAUUGGAAUUAAAUUGGGAAGUCCAGACAAUAUGUGAGUUUGUAAAUGAACAACAAUGAAAAAAGGCUGCGCUCAGAUUACUAACAGGUUGUUUUGGACAAGAUGAAUUGUGUUUGCUAAAUGAGUGGUGGAACAGCAGCAGUUCUAUUGCUUUCUCUUUGUUUGUUGGCAACCUGAUAUGCAUGUCAUAGAUAAUCAUAUUAGGGGUGUUGCUGCUUUUGACAGUGCUGCACUAGUCCAGUUUAUUUGUUUAGGCCAUUGGCCAUAACAACAAGAUGCUUUCCCUAAAAACCCAACCCUCAAACCUUGCAGAGAUGUGAAUUUUGCCUGAAGUCGGGUGCCACAGUGGGCUGCUGCCUGACCUCCUGCACAAGCAACUAUCACUUCAUGUGCUCCCGGGCCAAGAACUGUGUCUUCCUGGAGGAUAAGAAAGUCUACUGCCAGCGCCACCGGGACAUGAUCAAAGGAGAGGUGAGCCCAGCCACCAUCCCAGGCCUUUGCCCAGCUGUACUUCCCCCCCCCUCCCCAUUUCCCUGCUCUUCUCAGCUCAGGCUGUGUGUUUUCACCUUAAUACUGUAUAGGCCUCUUUUUGUGUGUGCUUGCUGUAGGUGGUUCCCGAGAAUGGCUUUGAAGUCCUAAGAAGAGUCUUUGUGGAUUUUGAAGGGAUUAGCUUGAGACGAAGGUUUCUUCAUGGUCUGGAGCCAGAGAACAUCCACAUGAUGAUUGGUGAGGGCCCUCUGCCUCUGGCCUUGGCAAUGUGCCUAGUGGAAUUUAGUUGCUGCCUUCCUCACACAGAACUUUGCCUCUUUGGUUUUCUUGUAGGGUCCAUGACGAUUGACUGCCUCGGGAUUCUGAGCGAUCUGUCUGACUGUGAAGACAAGCUGUUCCCCAUUGGUUAUCAGUAAGUAGGAGCUGUCUCCUGAAUAGGCAGCAGCAGCAGCAGAAUCCAUGUUAUUUUCCCUGGAAGAUGCCGUGAGGACCACCCAGGAAGUCUUUGGCCUUCCUUCUCCUCUUGCCCCAGAGAAGGGCUUUUGCAGGCAUGCACAGCUCUGUGUAGAUGUUGUAACUCUUAAAUGUUUUCCCAGGUGCUCUCGAGUGUACUGGAGCACAACGGAUGCUCGGAAGCGCUGUGUGUACACUUGCAAGAUCAUGGAAUGCCGCCCUCCUAUUCUUGAGCCAGACAUCAACAGCACAGUAGAGCACGAUGACAAUAGGACCAUCACGCACAGCCCCAGGCCACUUUCAGGCAAGUUUCUGCAGGCAUGGCUUGGCUUGAGAUUGUGGCCUUUGUGCCAGACCUGUGGGUGCCUGUUUUUUGUACUGCUCGGCUCUUCCAAAGACAAAAGCUUCCUUCUUCUGGUCAGUCUUUGCUAUGAGACAGGGCUUGUAAUACCUUUUGGUGACAGCAGUAGCAGCACACACUUGGAGUAGGGCAAAAAAGGGGGGUUCCCUGGUAAAGAUCACAUCCUCUACUUUGGCUAUAGGUUUUGGAGUGGAUCCUGGCCCUUGUUCCAUAACUGAGUCAUAGAAUCAUAAGUGUUGGGAGGAACAUCAAGGGUCUUCAACUCUCAACUCUGCUCUGUGCAGAAAGACACUCCAGCAUUUGCCCAGGUGUCAUGCGUUUCUGGAGACUAGAUUAUGGUAUGCUUGAUCUGAAACAACAAGGGACUUUGUCCUUCUGAGAUGCUUGGGGCAUGGUGGGGGUGUGCUUCUACCUAGUACUCUUAAUGUUUGGCCCUCACCUGCUCCCAAUGACACAUAAUGUCCAGCUUUGCAUUCUGGUUUUGGCCUAGAUGCCAAAAGACUGCAGCCUUUUUUCUUUUUUCCCCUCUUUUACUUUCUGCCUCCCUCCAUGUAUAAAGAUUUUUCUGUUAACAUUCCCUGAGGGAGGAAGAAAGGAUGUUAUUGAGGGGAAAGGCCUCUAGUACUCCCCUACUUCCCUGAAGCUGUUUUGUUCAAAUGCACCCUAGGUUUUGCCUGAAUCCAUAAGUUCAUUGUUUCUUUUUCUUCAUCAGAAAUUCCAGCCAGAGAAGGCCAUGCAGUGUCAGCGGUUGUGAGCACUCCCUCUUCAGACUUCCUGCCACAUUCUCAGAACUGCAGGGCUCUGCGGAUCAGAGCGCCAAGUUUUCCUCCCGCCCUGCGAUCUCCUGGUUCAAGGCCAUUGCCCUCUGCAGGUCUGGCCCUCCACCUCCCUCUGCUGCUCUCUCUGGCUUUCUUUGACUUCUGUUCAUUCUUUGUUUAGCAAUUUCUUCAGGCUGUUCUCAAUGGCAUGGAACCUUGUUUCCACCAUCUCUAUUGGGUUUAGGGCUUAAUAAGUGCUGGGGUGCAAAAGACUUGUUGUCCGUCCUCAUCAUCAAAGGCCAAGCACUGAGGAUGCUGGUAGAGGGGGGCAUCUUCAAUCAUUUCCCCUCCCGGUUUCUGGGCAUCUCACCUACAUACUUAACAUGUAGUUUUUCCUCACAUUUAACCUUGUCGAGUGAACCAUGUUUGAAUUGCUGACAACUUGUAAACCUCCCUGAGCUUUUGGGCUGAGGUGGGCUCCAUUUUUAAGCAGAACUGAACUAAGAACUCUAAACCACACCUUGAAGGAUAAUGUUCUUUGGAAAUUCUGCUCACCGACAAUCCUAGCUGGUGACUGACUUACCUUGUGAAGUCAGAAGACCUGGCCUAGGUGAGAAAAGGCCUAUCAGGAUAUUGAAGCCCAGAACUCCACCUGCAGCUCAGAUGGCCACCCCCUCCUCUUCCCCAGCCAUAGGAGUUUGUCAGGGGGCUGGAUCAGAAUUUGAAAGAACCCCAGGGAAAGUUCAGUCUGCUGUUCUUACAGUUAAGAAAUAUUUCUGGGUAGGCAAGACCAAACAUGCUCCCGUGCAACUUGAAGCCAGAAGGAAAAAGUUAUAGAGUGUUUUCCUUGUUUCAAUGAAGCCACCAGUAGAAGGAAUAAUUAGAUCAAGAAAGGGGUUGACUCCGGGGGUUUGGGCUUUGCUUUACUCCUUGCCUGCAUAGAUCCAGAUAUUUGCAUUCAGUAGAUGACCUCAAACUCAGUUCUAAUAUUCUUCCCCAUCUUCUGUCUUUUCCCAGGGAGCCCCACCCACAUUACACACGAGAUCGUGACUGUGGGAGACCCCCUGCUGUCAUCGGGACUUCGAAGCAUUGGCUCCAGACGACACAGCGCCUCCUCUCCUCUGCCCCCUCCACAGUUGAGGUCCUGGAUGAUGCCUUCCAGCAGAGCUGGGGCCACUCACUCCUCCAGGCACAGCCUCUCUUCAACACCCAGCCUGUCUCCCUUGCCAGAGCAUGACUUGAGCACAAAGCCUUCAGAGCGUUCUUCGGGCCCAGCAGCCGGACGCAUUGCCACCCAGAGUAGCUCUGCCCCUCCCUGUGGUGGUCAGAGGCCAGCAGGGACAGGUGGAGGAGGCACAAGCACUUCCUUGGAGGGAGCACUGUCAUUAGAAGCAAUGGGGCCUCCGGGGACAGAGAAGAGCAAGUUGAUGAGCCAAAAAGAUACAAGUUCUUCCCUGGGUAAUUUGAAGGCCAGUACUCCUGUGCAGAGUGCUUCUGGCACCGAGCCAAACACCAGCAAAGUAGGGAAGCUUCCAGAGCACUCUUCUGGGCUGUUUUCUUCCAAAGAGGCAGUAGCCUUUCCACCUUUACAUCAGAGACCCCCAAAGAAGGAGCAAGAGCAGCAGGUGGAUCUUGUAAAGCCAGAAAAAAACUGCUCUUACGAGGAUCCAGAAGCAAAGAUCUCCAAGCUUUCUGGGGCAAGUAACAGAUCUCCUCCUUCCAUAAGUGACCCAGCACCUUCUGCAGGCAGAGAUAGGCGGCAGCAGAAGGGGAAAAGGGGAGCCAAAGAGAGACAUUCCAAUAAACUCUUUACAAAUCCGAGCCUCCUCACACCUAGCAACAAAGACAGCGCAGAGCCAGAAUUUGUUCAUCAAGCUGUGACGCCUGAGCAUGUGAACCAGAAGCUCUGUAACAAUGUUGUGGCUUCAGAGAAGGCCCCCGAUAGACAGCUGCUUAACCAGAAGACCUCCAAGGUUCCUUCCCAGGGCGAAGUGGCCACUUCCAAGGAUCUGCAGGCUUCCCAGAAGCGCACAGUGAAAGUCACGUUGACUCCUCUCAAGAUGGAAGGUGAUAGCCAGUCCAAGAACAUUCAGAGGGAGGGUGAUGUAGAAUCUCAGCCUAAGGAGAGCAAACCAGCUUCCCUGGCACAAUCCUCUUCCACUCCAGAACGGUCAGGAAACGGCUCCCUGGUUCAAGACAGCCCAAGUUGUGCUUCAGUCCCUGAGGCUCCAAGCGAGGCCUACCAGAGUCUUCCUGUUCAGGAGAGCAACUUAAUGCUCCAGGAGACAGCCAAAGCGCAGGAAGACGGGGCCUACAAGCGGCGGUACCCCCGGCGCAGCGCACGGGCCAGAUCCAACAUGUUCUUUGGGCUGACGCCAUUGUAUGGCGUGAGGUCUUACGGGGAAGAAGACAUUCCCUUCUACAGCAACUCCACUGGGAAGAAGCGGGGAAAGAGGUCUGCUGAAGGGCAAGUAGAUGGUGCCGAUGACCUCAGCACGUCGGACGAGGAUGACCUUUACUACUACAACUUCACCAGGACAGUGGUCUCAAACACGGAAGAGCAUCUCGCUUCUCCUCACAACUUAUUCCGGGAGGAGGAACAGUGCAGCCUUCCCAAAAUCUCUCAGCUGGAUGGUGUGGAUGACGGGACAGAAAGUGACACAAGCAUCACGGUGACAACCAGGAAAGUCAAUCCAGUGACCAAAAGGAGUGGCAAAGAAAAUGGAACAGAGAGCUUAAAACUUGAUCGGAGCGAAGAGAGUGGGGAGAAAGCACAAGUCACCAAGAGCUCAGCUGGCCACAAAGCAGCCGAGCCCAAGAUGGAGAACUGCCGCGUAAAAACCCAGAGCCAGGAUCCUCUGGAAGCUCAGCUGAGUUCUUUAGAGGCCAGCCGCCGCCCUCGUGCCAGCACCCCUUCGGAGAAGACCCUGCUGGAUACCUUCAGCACAGAGCUGCUCAAGUCCGACUCCGACAAUAACAACAGUGACGACUGCGGGAACAUUCUCCCGUCUGACAUCAUGGACUUUGUGCUGAAAAACACCCCCUCCAUGCAAGCCCUCGGAGAGAGCCCUGAGUCAUCGUCCUCUGAGCUCCUGACGCUGGGAGAUGGGCUGGGCCUUGACACCACCAACCGGGGCAAGGAUAUGGGCCUCUUUGAAGUCUUCUCUCAGCAGCUGCCAACCACAGAGCCUGUUGACAGCAGUGUUUCGUCAUCCAUCUCGGCAGAGGAGCAGUUUGAGCUGCCUCUGGAACUGCCUUCCGAUCUCUCUGUCUUGACCACUCGGAGCCCGACAGUGCCCAGCCAAAAUCAUGGCAGACUUGCUGUCAUUUCAGAAUCCUCGCUCUCCUCCUCCUCCUCCUCGUCAGGGGAGAGAUCACUCUUAGCUUUGCCUUCUACAGAGUCUGCUGAGAAGAGGGUGACUGUCACAGAGAAAGCUGCCUCCAGUGAAGGGGAGCCAGCUCUGUUGAGCCCACGAGUGGACCCAAGCCCUGAAGGACACCUGACCCCUGACCCCUUUAUUCAAAGUCACAUGGAAGCAGAGCACAUAGCCAGCCCCCCAUGUGGACCAGGAGAGCCAGGCCGUUCAGCCAGCCAAGACUUGGCCAGAAAUAGCGGGACACCUGGUCUCCAAGUGCCAGUUUCUCCAACCCUCCCACUUCAGAAUCCUAAGUAUGGCCCAAACUCCACAGAAAACCCUGGCCCAUCUCAGAUUUCCAAUGCUGCUGUGCAGACAGCCCCCCUCCACCUCAAGGCAGCUGCAGAAAAGCUCCUGGUGGUUAAUCAGAACAUGCAGCCAUUGUACGUCCUUCAGACUCUUCCCAAUGGUGUCACACAAAAGAUACAGCUGACCUCUUCUGUCAGUUCUGCGCAGGGCGUGUUAGAGGCCAGCGCUUCUGUGCUUGGGCCCCUGGGCCCAGGGCUGGCACUAGGGGCCGGUGUAAACCCCAGCUUGCCUUCCUCCUCCCAGCCUCUCUUUCCACCAACCAGCAAAGGGUUACUGCCGAUGCCCCAUCACCAACACUUGCACUCCUUUUCUGCAGCCCCCCAAAGCAGCUUCCCAUCCUCCCUUGGCAGUCCUGCCUCAGGACUUCUGAUUGGUGUCCAGCAACCACCUGACCCCGAAGCAAAUCAGAGAGCCGAGAUUGGGUCCACAGCCACCACGCCACCCUCUGGCCUCAGCAAGAAAAGGCAAAUUUCGCGCUUGCCAUCGCGCAAGAACAAAAAGCUUGCCCCUUCCGCCAUCACCCCGUCUGACAUGGUCCCCAACAUGACGUUGAUUAACUUCACUCCUUCCCAGCUCCCCAGCCAUCCAGGCCUGCUAGAUUUGGGAACUGCCAGUAACCCUGCAUCCCACAGAACUGUCCCCAAUAUCAUCAAGCGUUCAAAGUCUGGGAUAAUGUACUUUGAGCAGACCCCUCUGCUGCCCCAAGGGGUGGGAGCAACUGCAGCAGCAGUUGGAACACCCCCUAGCGUGGCUGGGCCAGACAGUGGUCAUCUUGCAACCAGGCCAGUGACAGGCCUAGCCUCUGCUGGAUCCAUGCUGAAUGUGGUGUCAAUGCCAACGUCAUCAGCACCUUCCACGGGCACAUCAGUCCCCAGCGGACAUGUGCUGGGGAAGGGGUCCGUUGCACUACCUAGCUCUGGGCUGCAAGGAGUAUCUGACAUGGGCUCCAUCAGCAACCUCUUAAUCAAAGCCACUCAACAGAGCUUGGGUCUUCCGGAGCAGCACGCCACAGUGCCACCAUCUGGCUCCGGGAUGUUUUCACCACUAGGCGAUGCCUCAUCGGCUCAGUCCACAGUCUCAGUGGCGGGGACGGCAGCAUCCAGCAUCUGUGUCUUGCCUUCUGCACAGACUAUGGGCAUGACCACUGACCCCGAAGGAUCUUACCAGCCUGGGCCUCUGACACAGAUCCUGGCCAGCAAAACUGGUGCCGUCCCGCCUCAGGUGGACCUUGCGUCAUCCCAAGCUCCUCCGCAUUCAGGCUUUCCCCAGUUGGUGGACAUCACUAACCCUGCAGCACUGGAGCAAAACAAGACCACCUCAUCCGUCACACGUGCCAGCUCAACUUCUCCCGCAAGCUCCGCAUCCUCUGACCAGCUGCUUGGAAGCUCCUCCAUGAAGGUCAAAGCCAAAGUGAAACGGUCUCAGCCCUCAUCAGACAGCAGCAUCAGCAAAGGGUCUGGGAAGAAGCACAAGAUGUCUCACUUCUGGUCCAGCUCCCCUGAGAAGCACAUUCCCCAGCAAGGCACCAACUCUGCAGCCCAGGACUUGGCUGGAGGGUAAGAGAUGGAGGUCUUUGGUCUCCCCCCUGUUUUCCCAGCCCCUCCUGAACCUGACAUCCUUUUUGUUUCUUUAGUACUUCUGCUGUAGAAACUUCUGUAACAAAGCCUAGAUGGAAAACAAGCUUCAUUCAGAAGCCAGCAGGCAGUCUGCUUUUCUGCCAAUGUACAUUUGAACCAGGAAGCUGUCGUGUAUUUGAUGCAGCUCCUGAAUAUGAGCUGUGAUGCUUGAGGGCCUUUUCUUUGAAGGAAAGAGGGAGAAGCUGCACAUGCUACUGAUCUGCUUUAUUUGCAGCAGUGGGUGUGAUGGGACUGUUCUAAGUGGGAAAGUGGGGGGGGGUAGAAAUUAGAUUUGACGGUCUCAGUGGCAGCUCAAGAUCACCUCUUUGACUCCAUAUUAUUAUGAGAGAUUCCUUUAGAAAACCCAACAGCUACGUUUUUAAAAUGGAGUUUCUCUUGUAAAUGCUGCUUGAUAAAUGUUGCUUAUUGGAGAGCCAGAGAGGUCAGUUUUGCAUUGGCUGCAAGUGGAGCAUUAUUUGGCUUGUGACUAGUCAUUGUUGUAUCCCUGAAUAAUCUUGUCUGUUCCAGGAUUCCUACCCUGAAGAUGCACAUGGAGGAAGAAGAGGAAGGGGCCGCAAGUGUAGAGCAGCCCCCACCCAAAGUGGCAGACAGGUAAGGCAGUCUCUCAGGUUGUGGUCACAUCAAGAGUGUCUGUGUUUGAUGUAUGCUUGCGGGGCGGGAGGGAUGUUGGCAGGCAGAGGUACACAUGUGCCUGGCUGCACAAACAUUGUUCUGCCCCAAGAAAGCAACCAUACUUCUUAAUAUGUUUUGGGCAGUUCCAACAAUGAAACAUUGAUAACCAGAGUCUACGGUAGGGUCACUCUACUGCUGACCUCAGAGGCUUUAAGUUUUCUCUACUUGCAUAAAACAUGGAGACCCCUCGCAGAAAGCUCCAAGUGAUGUUCUUUGCAUUGAACACCCCAAUUUUCCACCUGCCCUACUGUUUAGAAGGACGGGCAGUGCUGUGCUGUGACUUGGUCCAUUUUUUGGAGUGCUUGCCACUCAGCAAAACGUAUUAUAAGUAGCAGGCCUCUCCAUCCAGUGGAGACUCACGGCUCAGAGUGUUUUGUUUAGCUUCUCCCUUUGGCAUCUGCUGGGGAAUCAAAACUCCUAAAAGGCUUCAGUUGUUGAAACAGGAGCGGAUUCUUGCAUCAUUUCCAGCUGUGCUUCUCUCUACAGGCAAACAGCAUCUGUUCCAGAAUCACAGACAGCACAGAGCACUGCAAGUGAGCAAGAGCCCACAGGUAUGUUGUCCAUCGACCUCAAGUACAAACCGAGCAGCAGUUCACAGGCGUUCCACUUGGAAAGGCACAUAUAUCUUCAAAAUAAUUUUUUGUUUUAUUAUGUUUUUAUACCUUGCUGGAAGCCGCCCAGUGUGGCUGGGGAACCCCAGCCAGAUGGGCAGGAUAUCAGUAAUAAAAUUACUAUUAUUACUCCCAGUUGUAAGCUUGCCCUAUGAUUCUCCUUGUAUGACAGCCCUGCUUGAGAGAGCCCUUGGCAGCUCUCUUAGUUCAUGAGAGCCUUUCCCUACAUUCUUAAUGUUCAUUAUUUGGUGGCUUUGGCUUUGCCAAGGACUCUGGAGGUAAGAAGAUCUUGUUUUCUUUCCAGACUCCAGAGCUUCUGAGGAUGAAGAGAGCACUUUCAGCUCCCCACUCAUGUUCUGGUUGCAGCAAGAGCGGAAGAGAAAGGAGAGCCUCGCUGAGAAGAAGCCCAAGAAAGGAUUGAUCUUCGAGAUCUCAAGCGAUGAUGGAUUUCAGAUCUGUGCUGAAAGUAUUGAAGGUGGGAAAGGGGGCAGGUGGGGCAGGUGACAUCUGCUGCAGCUGCUUUGGGGUUAGAUGCAUUUUCGCUGUGCUCAUCUUACAAAGGUCACCUUUAACUGCUUUGCUGCAGGGGACAGCCCUGCGUGAAGUCUGCAGGAAUGCAGAGCCACCUGGCAGCAAUUGUGAAUUUUACGGUUUAAAAAGGAACGAAAGGGAAGCUUUUCUGGGACACUCCUCCCUCCCACUGAAUCAUUUCUUGUUUAUCUUCACCUCAGAGGCCUGGCAAUCCCUAACUGACAAGGUUCAGGAGGCUCGUUCCAAUGCCCGCUUGAAGCAGCUAUCCUUCGCAGGUAAGAAGGGCAGCAGCAGGGUUGGAAAUUCCAAACUCCUUGCAUGGAUAGGAAGACAAUAAGAAACUGCCUUGAAUGUCACUGCUGUCCUGUAGGCCAAGACCUAGGCAGGGACUUUGCACCUGGGCCUGCUUCCUUGCGCUACAUAAACACUAGAAAGAGUCUCACAGGAUGCCCUGUUUUCUUAGGAUACAGUACUUUGGUUGUACAAACAGCUUAAGGACAAAGAAUGGGGUCUGUGCUUCUUUUGGGACACCCUCUGCAUCAUUUAAGCCCAUGCCUGGCCAUGGAGAUUUGGGCCCAUUUGAGCUGCUCCACCAGUUUCUUGAGCUGCUUCUUGCCUAAAGGCUGGGCCAUGUUGCAGCCACCACCACCAGGCUUCUUCUUACAAGGAGGACUGAAGGGAGCCACUGGGCUCAGCCUGGGCUGGACAGUCUCUUCUACCAGCAAGCUGCCUUCCCUGCCUACUCUCUCCUUAUUCCAGGUGUGAGCGGAUUGAGGAUGCUGGGAAUUCUGCACGAUGCUGUUGUGUUCCUGAUAGAACAGCUGUCUGGAGCAAAGCACUGCCAUAACUACAAGUUCCGGUUCCAUAAGCCAGAGGAGGCCAAGGAGCCCCCAGUGAACCCCCAUGGCUCUGCCAGAGCUGAAGUGCACCUCAGGUCAGUGGCAGACUCUGCUCUCAUAAAACCAAAGCACCUGCUUCAGAGACCCUUCAGUGGUUUGGGGGUGAGGCUUUCUGUGGAGAGACAGUGAAAAUAAAUUCUUCAAAUAUCAGUUUGGGAGGGAGGCACAUAAAUAGCCUGUCAUCAUUGAACAGACGUGGGCCCAGGUUCUCCCUAGUUGGCAUAUAGGAGGAAUCCAGGAAGGAGAGGGUUAACUACCCCAACUGUCCAAGACAAGGAGGGUCACAUGAUGGAAGACCAGAGUAUCUCUACCCCCAGGGAGGAAAAGGUUGCUAGAAUCCCACAGAAAGCUCUACAAAGGGGCUGCUGUGGUUUUAGCUCAGACAAGACACUUUGAAGUUUCUCCACACAAUAUGGGGAGCCAGUGUAGAGCCUAGUGGGCUUCUGGCAGCCGGUCUGGGAAUGUCGCAUUGUCCUGGAGGAGAGAGGAGCAUUGUGUGGCUUGUAAGGCAGCCCAUUAACCCUGAGAGCCAGUCUCACACCUCUUGGAUCUGCAUUGCAGGAAGUCUGCCUUCGACAUGUUCAAUUUCCUGGCUUCUAAGCACCGCCAGCCGCCAGAGUACAACCCCAACGAUGAGGAGGAAGAGGAGGUGCAGCUGAAGUCUGCCCGGUACAUAGCGGGUGCGGAGGCGAGUUGGUGGGGAGGGCUAGAAGGCUGCUCCUUUUUGAUCUCGUCGGCAGUGGUGGGAAACUAAAGAACGGGGAAGGGGUGCAGAUUUUGCCUCCUGCAGCUGCCCCAUAAGCCAGCCUCUCAGCAGUUGGCACUGCAAAGUGGCUUGUGGAGCAAGGUGGGGCUUGGCAGCUCAAAGGCCCCAUUGGUUGAACUCUCUCAAGCAGCCUCUUUCCUCCUCUCUUCAGGAGGGCAACCAGCAUGGACCUUCCCAUGCCCAUGCGGUUCCGACACUUGAAGAAAACCUCCAAGGAGGCAGUUGGUGUCUACAGGUAAGUGCGUGGGAGUUGGUAGGCACUGGCGGAGGAAGAGGGGGGCAGGGGGAGCACAUUGCCCCCGGCAGCGCAAUCCCGGUGGGGUUCCAUCACAGCUGCUCCCGCUGGACGCCACCAGGACGCACGCCACGCCCCCGCCUGCUCUUCUCCGCUGUUGGUAGGUGGAGGCCACCUUAGCAGAAUAAACGAUGGGGAGGGUAGAACAGCCUAAGCCAGCAGGGCUUAGCAGAACACCAAUGAGAAAGUGCCUGGAACGACUCUCCUAGGUCAUGUGGACAGAUCUGCUCCUAGCUGGGUUGCCUGCCUGCCUGCCUCCACGUUCAGGGUGAGGCUUGCUACUUCUAUGGUUGCAGCAUCUAACACCAGUGGCUGUGCUGUGUGUUCCUCCUUGGCAGGUCUCCUAUCCACGGCCGGGGCCUGUUCUGCAAAAGAAACAUCGAUGCAGGAGAGAUGGUGAUCGAGUAUGCCGGCAACGUGAUCCGUUCCAUCCUAACUGACAAGCGUGAGAAGUACUAUGACAGCAAGGUAAACCUUAGCAACAGCGGAGGCACUGCUGAAACCCAGCUGGUCAUGAGUGCUGGCCACAGGGGCCCUGGGGUUCUCCUGAGCGAGAACAAGGGCUGCCCAGGCCUUCAGUAAAGCACUGGGAAAAGCAGGCCCUGGGUUCUUUGGUCGGAAUGCACAGUGCAGGGGUCACCCUGCCAGCACUUGAGCAGUUCCUCCUUAUGUAAGGCAAGUGCCAGCACUUAAGCCUUGGAAGCAAAAGAGGGAUGAGAAGUGGUGGCUGCACAGGAAGAGGUUGAUUUUCCUGCAGAAGGGAGGGGGAUCCUCGGCUGGGUUGUCCCUCCCACUUGCUUCACUAGGCAGGAUUAUGUAAAUUAAGUUGAAUUUACCCUUUAGUGGGUUGGCGACCCUUCCUUCCUGCCCAUCUCCCAGUGCAGGUAGGGUGACAGCUUGCCUGUAAUCCUUUUCUGGGUUGCUGAGGAGAGAGGUUCUGUUGCUAUUGCCUUCAGGAAAACGGAAGCAGAAGAUGGGUCAGAGAGCAGCUAGUCCUCCCUCGCAGUGACCCUUGUUCUCCCAUCAGGAAAGGACAUUUUGUCCUAGGAGCCUCUUGAGGUGACAGGAUUGGUACCUGAUUUUCCUAGGAGCUGGUAGUCAGGUCCUUCUCAGGUGCAGGCAGGGGCUGCUGCAAGAUCUGGCAACUGCUGGGGCAGAGAGGGUGGAAGGCUUGUGGGGCUCUUGCCAUGCAUUCCGCCCCCCACAUCAUAGAAGGUAUGGCUCUCCAUCCCAGAUUUUGCUAGUGUGUGUAGCAAAUCCUCAUGCUGGGAUCUGGAGCUGGCUCUGCUCCCGCCUUCCCUAUUCAGGAAACUGGUUUGGGGCUCCUUGAGCCUUAUUAGGCUAAGGUUUGGGGAAAGGCUCAGCCUUUCCGUGUUUGGACAGGAAAGCCAUCAGGUUGCCAGCCUUAGCAGCACUCUUACGACAUAGGCUGAAAUGUAAAACCUGAUUGGAAUGAGGCCUCCAGUUGUACUAUUAUGAUUAGUGGUCUUAUGCUUGCAGCACAAAAAAGAAAUAGAACUGUAGAGUUGGGAGGGUCCUCUAGUCCAAUCCUCUGCAAUGCAGAAAUCCCAGCUAAGGCCUCCAUGACAUAUGGCCAACCAGCCUCUGCUUUAAAAAAAUCUCCAAGUGGCUUACUUUCUUUUUAAAACAAAAGUAUAAGUCAUAAAUAAAGAAUACAUUAUAAUAAAGACCUAUAACAAUUCACAGAAACUUCACAGACUCAAAUAAAUACAGACACCCAUCAGUCAGUCUCCCUGGCAUGUGUGAGCCAUGUCCUUUGGCAACCUUUUAAAAGGCGUGUUGAACAGGCAUGGGUUGGCUUUUAUGUUGCAGCUGGUCUUGUCUGAAGGGUUAGCUGUGGUGGUGCCCUGUGACCUGAAACCAGCCCAUCCUCUCUCCCUGCCCCCUCCUCUCCUGGCCCAGGGCAUCGGCUGCUACAUGUUCCGCAUUGAUGACUCUGAGGUGGUGGACGCCACCAUGCACGGGAACGCAGCCCGCUUCAUCAACCACUCCUGUGAGCCCAACUGCUACUCCCGAGUCAUCAACAUCGAUGGGCAGAAGCACAUAGUCAUAUUUGCCAUGCGCAAGAUCUACCGCGGCGAGGAGCUGACCUACGACUACAAGUUCCCUAUCGAAGACGCCAGCAACAAGCUGCCCUGCAAUUGCGGUGCCAAGAAAUGCCGCCGGUUCCUCAACUGAACGCUGACCUGACCUGGCUGUCAUAGGGGUUGGGCUCCGCCAGUCUCAGGCGUAUGGAAGGUGGGGUGGGUGGGGUGGCCCUCCCACGGCAAGUGGGUCAAGCCAGGCAGCAGGUGGCCGAGGCCUGGUAUUGUUUGCUGCCUCCUUGGCUUUGUGAAGGGUCCUGCCCAGAUGAUGGACUUCGUUGUCCUGUCUUGCAAGGAAAACUGCUGGAGUGUUGGGCUGCUGCAGCAGCCAAGGACUGCCUUGAGAGGUGGGGCUUCCCUUCCCGCACACUUUGGUGGGCCCUUGCCUCCUCAGACUAGGAGACAUGGCCUGCAGGUCUCCGUGAGCUGCCCUUGUGUCUUGCCUCUGUCUGGCUGUUCCCUGAAAUUCCCAUGACUUGUCGAGGAAUAGCUCAUCAGUAUUUGAGCAGGCAAGCAAUGAGGACUGAGGGCUUCCAUGCGCUUUGGAUGAGGUUAGGUUAGAAGUGCAACCAAGGAGGACUCCCUGCCCUAGGAAGCAGGCUGUCCUGCCAAGCAUUCAGUCCCUAGAGCCCUCUCCCUGCCCUGCGUCUGCCCUCCAGUUGGGCCUCCAGAGGAAACUGAGCCCCUCAGGCAGUGGGCCUGGCGCCUCUCUGAGCACCAGCCUACAGCAGCUGAUAUCAUUUCCUUCCCUACCAGCUGCUCUCUGACAUAGGAAAAGGCAGGGAGUGCCAACACUCCCAGUGAGCUGAAGGCUAUGGGUUCCCUGGUCCAAGAUUGGGGGACCCAAAAGGGGAUGGAUCUCCCUAGUGGGAUCAUGUGCCCGUUUAAAAGCAAACACAAGCAGCACAACUUCCUUUCAGCCUCCUUCAGUUGCACCCUCUUGAAUUAUUAUGUCAUUGGAUUUUACUUGGUUCUUCUGUUUACAGUUUAGUAUUUAAGGUUUUGUAAAUGUAAAUAUAUUUUGUAUAUUUUUCUAUGAGAAGCACUUCAUAGCGAAGAGCACUUAUGAAACUAUUUUUUCAAUUGUGGUUGUCAUCCUAAUUUAAAAGAAUCAGUUUUUAAUGACCUUAUUAUUUUAAUAGGAUGGGCUUUAGGAGGUUGCUGGCCAGGCCUGCAGUCUGAACCUUCCUCUAGAGAGCAGUGGGGGCAGCGGGGAGAACCUUUCCAGUUUUCUGGAAGCUUCGGCUGGACCUCGAAUUACACAUUGUGGGAGAGAAGAUACACACACAUCUGCAAGAGGUGUUUUGAACCCAGCAUUGAUGCUGGGUUUUAACAUGGGGGUGGGAGUACAGCACAGAGGGAACCCCCUGACCUUCCUCUCUCUUGGGAAGAGGCCAAAAUCCCACCAUGCCACACCUCAGUAACCCAACAUUUCUGGUCUGCUCCAUCUCAUGCCACCAGAUUAAACUUCCUUGGCUCUGAAACUGCAAGCAAACCUUCCUAUGGUUGCCUAGUAAAGCCGCAGCAGCAGCCAGGCUUCUUUUGGGCCAACAAGCACAUUCCCUAUGAAGAUCUUGCUUCUCCUGCAGCCCAGCUUCCAGUUGCUUUGGGGAGGACAGGCCAGCACUUACUAAGCCUUCCGCUCCAGCUGGAGUGGUACAGGGCAUGUGUCCAUUUCUCCUAUGGGGGAGGGCGCAAAACCCAAGUUUGGGUUGCCUGUGGUGAAUGUGGCAGAGUUUUUGGGGAAUCGAGUAGCCCUCCAGCUUUCCUGUUCCAGGUUGCCACAUCCUGUGGGCCAAAGAGGAACAUAAUUUGUGUGUCCCCUGCUGCUACCAAAGCCCUGGGCCAGUUGCUGCCAGGUCAAAAGAGAGUUCCGUCCCUUGCUUCUUCCUCUCUUCCACAAGGAAGUUCCAAGCAAGGAACAGGAGGAGGAGGAGCACAAGCAUGUGGCUCAGGGCAGAGCUGGACUGGGGUCCAAGCUCACUGACAUUUGCUGCUGCUGUUGCUGCUGCUAAACCCUGUUCUGACCGAGCUCAGCAGCAGGCAGCCACUAUGGCCAGUAACCCAAGGGAAGAAGGCAUGCAUGCCACUGUGCCUGGGCUCCAUGGGGAGGCCAGCAGGAACGGAGAGAAGGAAGGGUUGGGGUCUUGGCCAGUUGUGUUGACUCUGAUCCGUGGAGCAAAGGGAGGAGCUCCACGCGGCUUCCUGGCAAUAUGAAUGUAUAAUUUCUAAUGACUGACAGAGAUCAUGAUACCUGAGAAUACUAAGAGUCAAACCUUUAAGGUGUUUAUUUUUUUAAAGGAAAAGCGGGUCACUGCAAAGGGCUGGGGUAUAAUAAUCUUCUCUUCAUUGUCCUCCCUUGCGAAGCAAUACCGGGUUCUUGUUCUUUGUGCAGAAUCAUGUCGUUCUCACCCAGAUUGCUGCUCCAUCCUCCUCCCCUCCACCAUCUCCUCCUCCCACACACCUGCAAGUUUUUAUAACUAUAAAUAUGGUAUAUAUAGGAACAAAUAUCGUACUGCACCAUGUCUUGAAGCCUGGCUUUGAAUUCUCUUUAACACUAUAGAUAAGAGUUGUGUUCCAGUUGCUCAAAAGGCAGGAAAACCAGCAAGCCAGAGGCUUCGGGGCCAGUUGACGUCUCCCUCCUCCAAGGAGGACUGGGUAAGGGACCGGGGGGGUGGAUGCUCUGGCUCAGUCUGCCUGCAUGCAAACCCCCAGGAAGCUGUUGGGGGCUUGGCUAUGAAUUCUCCUGACCUUCAGUGUUAACAGUCAGUUCUUGUACAACUUGUUUCUUGCCGCCUUCGCUGCCUCCUCCUGGGUUCUGAUUGUUGAGGUACCAAAACGGCGUCAUCUGUUUUCCUGGUACCUUAACAAGGUCCUGCAGCUUUGCCUCUCAGCCGAGAACUGUGCUCGUGAUGUUCCUUUGAUUCAACGUAGCCGUCUUUUAAUAGCUCAAGGUAGUGAAUAAUUGUCUCAAACCGUGCAAAAGCUACGCAAACAGGGUUUUGUUCCAGAGAAAAAGCAACUUAUCAUGUAAAACCAAUCUCUCUCUCUCUUCGUUUUAUUUCUUGUGUUCUUCCAGAUUGUUUGGGUUUUUGUUUGUUUGUUUGUUUUCUUUAAAAAGAGGAAACGCGUCUCUCGUGCUGCAUCAGUGUUAAUUCCCUGUCAUCGUCACAGGGAUGAAGGAAGUACUUUCAGUAGUUCAAGAAAUGACUGAAAAGUUCCGUGAAAGACUGAAUGUAAAAACAAGUGUAUAUAGUUGUACAAAAAAAGGAGUUUUUAAACAUGUUUAUUUUCUAUGCACUUUUUUAUUUAAGUGAUAGUUUAAUUAAUAAACAUGUCAAGUUUAUUGCUUCAG